AAAUAAUGAAAAAUGAAAAAAGUACCGAGUCUUGUUGAAAACUUAAAUAUAUUAUAAGUUUUAUACUAUCUGAAGUCAUUUACAAAUUAAUUUUUAUCGUUUUCCUAAACGUAUGUGACAUUGUGAAUCAGUUAAAAAUGCCAAAUAGGAUAUUAAUGAAAAAAGACCAGGUAAAUGAUUGCUCAACUUGUAUUUGUUUUGUCCUAUGUGUUUCGUUGUUCUAAUAAUUUCUACUGCGUGAUUUUUUGGUUUUAACUUUGAUAAAUUAAAUUGCUUCAUAAUUUGUUUUGAACUAUUUCAUUUUGUAUUAUUAGUAUUACUUACACAUUGGCUAUUACCAAUAAUGAAGAACACUGUAAUUAUUAACUAUAAAACAUAACAAUAUACUACAAUUCACCGAAUAGGCACUUAUUUAAUUCAAUAAUUGAUCAUUUGAUUAAUAUAUUUUACUAGAAAUGAUAUGAUAAAUUGAAUUAUAAGUUUUAGUUUAAUAUAUUAAUUUUACAUACUUACGCAUAGUACCAAAUAUUUACUAUACAAUUUAUAUAACAAAUCAUAUCAAAAAUGUUUCAUUUAGAAAUUCAAAGAAAAUUAAUAGAAAUUGUCAUAAUCAAUUUUACUUCAUUCAUUUGAUUACUUAUCUUAAAAAGCUAACACAAUUUACUAUUAUUUUGUUUUAGUUAAAUUACUUCUUAUUUUACUUGCUAACUUGAUAAUAACGUUAGCAAAUAAAUUAUUAUUUUCUUCAAAUGUCUAACAUGUAUUAAACUAAAAUCACAUUUAUUUGUUAUACUAUCUACUGAUGUACCAUGUAUUUUGUAUAUUUUGUAUAUUUUUUUGUUAAUAAAAAAAAGUUGUAGGUAUCUUAUUAACUUUUUUUUUUUUCCUAGAAAAUUGAAAUAUUUAGUAGUUUAUAUAUAUUAUAUAUAUUAAUGAAUAAAGCUAAAAAAGGAAAUAUUUAUAAUUGUUGCUUUAGUUGUCUAUAUUUAGUUAUUUAAUUUUUUGAGAAAAGUAUCUAGGUAUUUAUAAGUUUUUUGGAAAUUUAUAGCAUACUUUUCCUUUUAAAAUUAGGUUUAAUAUAUUAAUUUAUGUUAUAAAGUAUAAUGACUUCUAUUAUUAUUUUCAGGAUGUUUCCAAGUCUAAAAAUACUGAAGUAAAAAAUGAAUCUGGAGAUGAUGUACCAUUUGAAUGUGUUAAUGAUGUAAGUUUUUACAGUUUUUAUUGACAGUAUCUUUUUUAGAAAUUCUUAAGGUAUAAAUCUAGUUUACAACCCAAGCUCAUUUUCAAUUUUUUUUUCAAAAUGUGUGUUUUUGUUUGUAUAUUAAUAAUAUAAAAAAAAAAAGUUAACGAACUUCGUUUGGAAGUUAUGGGGGAAAAUUUCAUGAUGUUUGGGUUUUCUGUUUCACAUAUUUCUUAAACAUUUUCAAAUUUUUUAGCUUGGGCUGUAAACUAGAUUUGUUCCAUUCUUAAUUAGGGUUAAAAUAAAUAACUAGAUAUUCAUUACAUGGGUUAAGUAAUAUUUAAAAAUAUUUUUUCUGUUGUAUAAUGUGAAUUGUAAAAGUAAUUAUUUUAUGAAUUAGGUACUUACUAUUAAAUUAGUAAUAUUGUAUCAUGUAAAAAUAUUGUAAAAUAUAUUGAUUGUUUGAAACUUACUAUUAUUGAUCAUAAGUAAUUCAUUUCUCACUCAUAUAUUAAAAUAUAAUCAUGACUGAUACAUAAUCCUAUAUUUACUAGGUUAUGUCUCUUUAAUUUAUUUAUUCUGAAAUUUAAAACUAAGUUUACUGUCUUAACUGUUUAAAGGUUUACUAAUAUAAAUGUUGUUUCUUAAAAUCCAAAGACAUUUGAUUUAAAGAGUAAAAAAGAGCCUAAAAAGAAGUAUUUCAAUAUUUUUGAUGUUAUAAUUUUAUGUAUAUUAAAUAUAUUAUAUACAAUGAUAUAGAAAUAUGUACUCUUAAUAUUUCUUUUAAUAUAUAAAAAAAUAAAUGUAUGAAAUAAAUUGUAUUUAUUUAUUAAAAUUAAUAAUAAUAAUAACCAUAUAAGAAAUUAUAGAGUUAUGACUAAAACAGAUAUUAUUAUUAAAAAAAAAAAAAACUUUUUCCAAAUUUUUGUACACAAGUAAACUUCAGUUUCUUGGUACUUAUUAAUACUAAUAAAAUUAUUUGUAUUAUAUUUAAUUUUCCAGUUAAAUGAUGGACCUCCUACUGGACAUUCAAGUACUGCUCCUAGCCCUCCACCAACACAAAUAAACAAACUUAAGCUAGGACCAAUCACAAUUAAAAGAGAGAAACGACAAAACUCUUCUCGUUUUAAUGUUGUAGGUACUAAUCGUGAACUACAAGUUUUAAAAACACUUAAUGGUAUGUAAAUGUUCGUUCAUUUAGUUAAUAAUUUAAAUUAAGAGUGUUAAGAUGGAUACAAUUAGUAAUAUAUUUUGUUUUCUUUAUUAUUUAAAAUAAAACAUUUUCAGUGCUAGGCUUAAAAAUUAUACUUGGGUAAAAAAUAGGUUUAUAAGUUACUGAAAAGAAAUUUAACUUUUUUUUUUUAUAGAUAUUUAGGUAUAAUUUUCACCUUUUUUGAUUAACGUUAGAUCAGGUACUGUUAUAUUGACAACUUGUUAGUAGGUAUAUAUUAUGUAUUAUAUUGGGUAUAAAGCUGUCAGGAAAAUUGAUAUGAUACGGUUUGUGGAUGAAAGUAGUAAUAUCAGACAAGGAAGGGAAUUGUUUUUGAUGCUGUAGAGCAUGGAAGAAAUACUGUUUAAUAUGCAUAAGCUAAACAUGAGUUAGUAGAAGCAAUAAUAUUUGGGCAAGUAUACAUCUAUAAAAUAACCAAGAAAUAGAGCACAUGGAGAAGUUAACAUACUGGGGAAGUAUAAUAAGUUAAGAUGGCAGAAAUAAAAGGGAAAUAAUGAAGAGAAUAAGCCAAGCUAACAUAGCAUUUAAGAAAUAUUAUUGUGCACAUUAAAAAAAACUUUUUGAAAACGUAUACAUAGAGUAUAAUGUUGUAUGCCAGUGAAACUUAGACGAUUGCCAAGGUAGAACAGAGAAGAAUAGAAGUUUUUGAAAUGUGAUGCUACAAAAGAAUAUUGAAGAUGAUAAAAUAACUAGAAUGCAAAUUUAAAUACUCUAAAAAACAAGAUAAAUGACCUAAAAAUUAUUUUAAAUGUUGAAAAAAAUUUUUUUAUUAGGUUCAUUAAUUUACUAAACACAACAAUGCAUAUAGUGCAAUACAACUACAGUGUAAUUCAAUAUAAUAGCUUAUCGUUUUCUUUAUUGCAGCCGAUAUCAUAUUUAUCUGGUAUAAUUGGCAAAUCUAUAAUACAUUUUAAAAAUAGGAAUUUGAAUAUUUUUUUUUCUUCUAGGAAGAAAUCGAAAUUAAUUUUAUUAAAUUUUCUAUUAACUCUAUGAAGUUUGUGAAUAAAAAAAAAUGUACCUAAAUAUGCACAUGAAAUUUCAAAAAAUUAUCUAAGAAUAAAAGUUUUAUAUUUUAAUUCCUUGAAAUAUGAAACAAAUUUUGUGCUUGGAUAGUAUUGCUUUAGGAUAUUUAGAAAAUAAACUCAAUUUGCAUUAUAAUCCGCAACUCUAAUGAUAACCAACAACAAGGAAGAAUCAGAAUUGAAUUGAAUAAAAAAAUAAGAAAUUAAUGAAUUGGAAAUCUACCGAGACAUGAUGGGUUGCUGGUACAGUUUAUAGAGGGGUGUAUGCAAGGUAAAAAUUAUAGAGAAAGACUGCGUUUAAUGUAUAUGUGAUGGAUAAUAAAGGACCAAGAGUGUAAUUCUUACGAUGAAACAAAAUGAAAGGCAAGGGAAGAAUGGAAAAUUGUUACAUACUAAUCUCAAAAUUGAAUGAAAAGAAGAUUAGGGUUUAGUUUUUUAUUUAUUUAUUAUAUACUAUCAACUUUGUUAUGAAAUUUGUGUUACAAAAUAAUUUGAAUUUAGUAUGUUUUUUUUUACUUCAUUAUUCUAGUUUUCAUAAUCAUAUUUUUAAAUUAGUUGUAGUGAUUACUAGAGAUCAGAUGUUUUAGAAUUUUCUUUUAAAUUACAUAAAGUACAGAAAUAAGAAGUAAAAAAAAAAAAAAAAUUAUAAUGAGUACAUUGCAGGUAUUUUGGUUUUUAGAUUGGCCACUAUUGUAGGUGAGAAAUUACUCUUCUAGUGUAAUUUGAUUUAUAUCUGUAAUAAAUCAUUGCUUAUGAAAAACAAUUGUGACCAAAGUUUGGUUAAUCAUAUUUUGAUAAACUUAAAUUAAAAAUUGUAUUUAUUUGUAAUGUACUUACAAUUGUUCACGUAUUUUCAUAUCAAAUUGGUGAGCUUUUUUUUACAGUUUUCAUCAAAAUUUAAACUUUUAAACGCUUAUAUAUUUAUAUAUGUAUAAAAAUUAUGCUUAACUUUUCCCAUUAAGUAAAACUUGUAUCAAAUUUUUGAUGAUUUUUGCUGGGCUAAAAAACUUAUACUCUAUUAAUCGGAAAAUAGUACUCAAAAUACCAGGAUUUUUGUGAUUUUUAUCAAAAUAUUAACUUUGAGUGCUUAUAAAAAUAAUGUGCUCACAGUUUUUCAAUCUUUUUAUACUAUCAUAAUAACAACUUAUGAUGAACUUCACACCAAAUUUUCAUGUUUUUUUUUUAGAAGUCAAAAAAACUUGAAAGUUUUAAAUAGCUAUUAAUCUCAAAAAUUGUCAGAAUAAUUUGAAAAUUUUACCACGUCUAGAAAUAGAAUUCGGUGAAUAUUUUAUGUCUGUGAUUUGUUUUAAAUGAAUUACAACAAAAACAAAAUUGAAAAUAACUGAAACCAUUAAAAUUUUAUCAGAACUAUUCCUACAUUUUUACUUUUUUCCCUGUUUUUCUUAAUUAUUAUGAAAAUUACAAGGAAAAUCAAAAAAAUGACUUCUUCAAUACACCAAUUAAACAAAAUGUGUUUUUUUACACUUAUUAUCGGAACAAGAUUUCUGAUAGAAAAGUUGUUCUUAUUGUUUUAUUUAUUAUUUUAUUAUUAAGGAUUUACACGGUAAUGUGUAUUAUGUGUACAUAAUUAUAUAUUGGUCCCUUAUUUAUGCCAGUUUAACAUACUAUAAUUGUAAUUAUGAAAGCUAUGGUUUUCGUAAUUUGUUGUGAUACUUCCAACCCGACCGUUGGGACAGCUUGUGUGUUGAGCCAACACUUGUUACACCAGCACACACGUGACCGUAUCGCGUGUAGACGGUAGUGACAUCUAGCGACGUAAAUACUGUUGUUAUUUGUUCCGGGCCCCGCCAGUGUUCGUGACAGCCGUGUUCGACUGUUUCCUUGGUUACCCUCGCAGCACUCGUCCAGCCAUCGCCUUCUCUUCGCAUAUUAGUUCUACUACCCGCCCCCGCACGUACGUAUCUGCUACCACAUCGAUCCACCGUGAGCCCAAAGCUUGUAGACACCACACUAGUCCGCAAAUUACUGUCGCCGAAACGCCAUGUACGUGUAUGAUUGUUUCAACACACAUUUAAGUUUUCAUUUUAUUGUUUGAUCGUGAUUCAAUUUAUAGUAAAAAUAAAAUCACAUACGUACGACACUGUAAUCGUUGCCGCACUCCCGAGGUUUCUAUAUGUUUUUGAUAUUCGCCUUCACCGUUCGACGAGAAACCCUAGCGUUAUGUAUGCACAUUGAAAUGUUUCCAUAGAUUACAAUUUACAGUCGAUUAUAGAGUAAAUUAUAUAGUAUCCCUUAGUUUUUACUAUGACUUUGUAAAAAUAUAUGUGAUUUUGAUAUACACAUGUGCACAUUCACCAUUAAAUAUCGAGUCAUUUGUCUAAAGUAAUGAAAAAACGAAGUUUGUGUUGAUAGUUUUCGCUAACAACAGACUUGUGUGAUUAGUUUAAUUUAAAAUUUAGUAAAUGUCAAAAGGUCGUACAAGGGUGGAGUCACUGCGCUGCGAAGGUUUAAUUUUUUAAAAUAAACUAUUUUUUCGAGUUCUUUACUGCACUGGCAAUCAGAAUUUUCUGACAUAACUUGUGUUUUUUUAAGUUUUUUCUUUGAUAAAAUGUAUAUUGUGUGAUAGAUACAUAAAUAAUGGAUUUUAUAAUUACUGUUUUUCAGUUAUAAGAUUAUUUUUGUAGGUAUUUUAAUAGUUUUAAUUAAACAUUAUAAGCAAAUAAUGAAUUUAAAUAGUCACCUAUUUUCUAGUAUAUGAUUUUAGUAAAAAAAUUAAUUAUGGCAUUUGUGCAUACAAUCGCGAAAUAUACUUCGUGUAUUUACAAAUAACAUUUUUAAUUUAUAUUAUUUGUGUAUGCUAAUUUAAAUAGCAUUGUUUUAAAUAGAAUAUUCAUAAAUCUUAAUAGAUUAUAUAUUCAAAUGUUAAUAUCUUCUAAUAUUUCAAAUGUCAUUUUAAAUAUAAUUGAGUUAUUGCAACUAACAACAGUAUAAUUUAUUAUGUGCAAGUUAAAUGGUUCUUAACAACUAAUUAAGCAGGUAGUUGUUUUAAAAUUACAUAUCUACUUACUUCCUAUAUGAUGGCUGAUUAUUCUAAACAAAUCAUGCUCUAAAAUCGACUGAAAAUUAUCAACUCAUUCAAAAAAAUUAAUCAGUUUUUAAUUAAUUAAUAUUAAAUUUAUAGUGGGGGAUAAAUGAAAAUAUACGAUUUACGAUAUUAUCGUUUGUUCGUAAAUCUAAGCAUUACCAACAUCUACAUCGCGACUUUGAAGUACGUGCUCUGAUUUAUGUUGUUUACUACACCUAACCGUAGUGCAGACGUUUGCGAUUUUAUAUGGUAACGAAAACUACAUGAUCUUAAAUGGGUGUUACGAUUAAAAGCCUGUGGUGUAGUGAUUAUGGUAGUGAACAGAUCUGCGGGUGGUCGUAUGCUCUCACUGAGCACAACUGUCAACGGCACUGCGGCAGUGGUGACGGGUAACGUGCAAUCUGGUGUUCCGUUACUGCCCAAAAGCCAAAACUUUCAUAGUGGUUUGGAUCUGGUUGCUGAUCGCGACAAGUCAAUCAUUAUGUACUAUGAUCGGUCGAUAGACUUGCCCAGGCUUCACGGUGAGUUAUAUAUUAUAUGGGGUUAGACGAAUUUAAUAAUAAAUUUACGCACAUAAGGUUUGAUUGAAAAUUUCACUUUUAGUGUAUAUGUAAUUAUAUACCUACGGAAUGUCUCCACAUUUAAUUUUAUAUUUAAUAAUUUAUUAUGUAAACUUCAAAUUUAUUUAAUUGAAUGAUUUUAUUUUGUGAGUUUUUAAAAGGUAAAAAUUUACACGUUAUAAUAUAUAAAUAUUAUUCUAUUUGAAAUUUACGAUCAUCGCGUUUAAAAAUAUAUUAUAUAAUGCAUCUGUAUCAUAAUAUUAUAAAUUUUCUUUGUUACAUAAAUUGUUUUCGAUAUUUUGUUAUUAUACUAAUGUUAUCCUAUAAUAUAUUUUUUCUCAAUUUGGGGGCGUGAACACAUUGCUAAGGAGGUACAAGCAAUCAUCACAAAGUAAAAUUAUUGUAUUUAUUACAUUUUGUAUUUUACAAUGUAGGGGAAAAAUAAAAAAUGAAUAACGACCGUAUGUCGGAUAGAUUUGUUUGCUUAUCGGCCUUUAUAUUAAUAUUAUAUAUAUUUUUGUUGAUGGUAUUUAUUUUUUUUUUGAGAGGAAAGGGGUGAUAUUUUUAAAAAUUUACAAAGGGGUAGAAUAAAAGAGGUUGGGAACCACUGCUAUAGUAGUAUGUUUUUGUUUUUGUUAUAGUUAGUCCGAUUUAUAUUUAUACAUUUUUUUUUUUAAAUACUUGACGUAUCUUUUCUUGAUGGAUUUUUUGAUAGAUUUUCUGUAUCUAUAUGCAAUUAUUGAAUGAUAAUAAUAUUUAUUAUCAGAAUUUAUGAAUAUUAUAUUGUUCAUGCUUUCAUUUUUACAAAGCUCUUUUAAAAAUUCUAAUCUAUUUAGUAACAAUCUUAGUAUUAUAUAAAUAGACGGAAGAUCUUCUACUCGCAAGAGUAUUAAAACUUUUGAGUUACGUCUUAUCAGAGAUAUUUAUAUUGUUGAUUGAUUCUAUAUUAAAUACAAGAUUUAAUAAAACCAAACAAAUACUUAUACUAAUUCAUUGUAAUGGAAUAUUACAUAAAUAUUUGAUUUUGAAUUUUAGAUUCAAAGAUCUAUUGGCUUUACUAUGAUGUAUUUUUUUUUUUUUUUUUGUCUGUAAACAACUUUUCUAUCAGAAAUCUUGCUCCGACGUAUGUAGUGUAGCACCUUUUCUGAAAGGUAAUUUUGUUUAGUUAGUGUAUUAAAGAAGUUAAUUUUUAAUUUUCCAAGUGUUCUUCAAAAUAAUUAGGAAAAACCGAAAACUAAAUUAAAGGUAAACGGCAAAUAUUUACGGCGCGUCGCGACUUUACUGAUUUCAUUAUUUCUAAUUGUUGCGAACUAUGUUUUCUACGAUAAAUAAUACUUUAAUAAAAAAAAUUGCUUAGGUACCUCUUUAGAUCUAGUUGUUUAAUUAAGUGGGUUAUUUGUUUAUUCUCUUAAUCGUUUUUCGUUAGCAAUAGUUUAUCUUUACGUACAUAUAUAAGUUAAAUAACUUUAUGUAUAUUACCUUUCUAACUUUCCAACUAUACAACAGUGGCUGUACGCUUGCACCCCUCUCGAGUAUUAAUUCUUUUUUAAUUCAAUUAUUUCGAGAUAUAUAGUUAUAUAUAAGUUUGAAUCGUGGUCUUUAAUAGCAAUUAUUGUAUUCACGCUGAAUACACUUCAGUUUAUUAUAUUUUAAUGUUUUUUUUAAAUCCCUAACUCCAUUCUUAUUAGAAAAUUAUUACGAGCACGCCACUGACCAUAUUAUAUAAACAGCUUUUGAAUUCAACCAAUCAUCACUGAGUUGUAGUGGUUGGAAGAUGAUUAAUUUGGUGUAAGGUCUAUGAUGAAAUUUUAGUAGGUAUCACUACUAGUAAUAACCAAAUUAUUAUGAUGUACAUUAUCGAUGUAUGCGUUGCGUAGAUUUCGUGAAUCUAAAUCAAAGGUUCCUAAACUCGAUGAAAUUGCCUCCUCGCUGGUCAAAAUAAACUACUGGGGAUUUAUAAAUAGACCCCUUUGAGAACCUCUAAUCUAAACAUAGAUAAAAAAAAAUUAGCCAUUUUAGAUAGUAUUAAUAGAUAUUAUUAACGAUUAUAUAUAUUAUAAAUUUUUAAUUUGUAAUAGAGUUAAUAGGCCAAUAUAGAAAACACAGUUUAUUAUUUUUUUAUUAGAGAAUUGCACACUUUUAUUAAAGAUCGUUGAGUGGUCAUCCAUUAGAUUAUUAAAAAUAUUUGACGGGAUUAAUAAUAACAUAUCAUCAUCGUAUUUAACUUUACGAUCCAUCGUGUUUGUUUAAACUGAAAUUCUUUAUUAUUAAAUAUUAAUUAUUGUGAAAAAAAAAUAUUCCCGUUAUCAUAACAUAUGAUUUAUUGAUUUAAAACUAUUAAUAUUUGGCAUUUAUAGUCGUAGAAUUCAAAUGUUUAAGUGAGCAUAACUUGUGAGAUUAACUUCUCACACAACUAAAGGAGAACUGUGCUUUACAAGACUACAAGGAUGACGUUUUAUUAUAUUAUUAUAGUUCUUACCACAACUUGCCAUUUUUGGCGUAUUUGUUACGCACGUUGUACAAACAAACUAAUCAACGAAUACUUUAUAACGAUUACCAACGAAAAUAACAUUUAAAUAAUUAAAUUGGUAAUAAUUAAAAUGUUUAAGUCUUAUAAAUUAGAUAUAUAAACAAAAGCCCAAUUCAUAUUUAAAUUCUGCGAUGUAGGUGUUAGAGUGUGUUUGAAAAAUAAUCUUCUGCACAAAAACAACUAAUCGAAGUAAAAACUAUUCGCUCAGAAGGCAUUCAUAUUGUUCCCGGGAUCUGUCCAUGAUAGAAACUUGAAAAUUAACCAUGAAUGAUUUUAUUUUUUGUAUCUUUUUAUUUUAUAUUUUUAUGACAGGUGUACAAGUUAUUAUAUUGAUUGAAUAAUAAAAGAUAAAAAUUUAAAGUAAUAUAACAAAUCAUGUUUAUUUUUUGGACAAUUGUUCAUUUUAUUUUUAUACAUUAAUUUAUUGUUAUUCAGUUUUUAAAUUUAUAUUUUAUUAUAUUCAUUGAAACAUUCACACCCAUUUGUAACUAGUAGUUAUAAACGCCUUGGUUUAUUCAAUUCCGCGGUAGUAUUUCUUCUUUGUAUUAGUUUACUUUAUACUUUUGUUCGAGUGUUUUUUUCCUAUUUUGUGAUUGUUGAGUUUUUCGUCAAUACAUAUACUCAUUAUAGGGUAUUGAAUAAAAUAAUAUUAUUUUGAAUAAUAGUUAAAUAAAAAAGUUAAUUCUUUGGCACUAAUGAAAUAUAUUAUAUUUUUUUUAAAUUGUUGUCUGUCCGUAAACAAUUUUUUUACUAAAAAUGAUUUCUUUUUUUUCCAAUUAAAUUAUUUUGUUGUAAUUCGAUUGGAAAUACCUGCGAUUUUUAAUUAUAUUAGCUUUUUAUAGGCAUAAUAAAAAAUUUAAAAUAUUUUGUCGAUUUUUAAGCUAUUUAUUUGAGUUUAUAUUUAUAGCCUUGAGAUAUUUGUUUUUAAUUUUUAAUUGGAUAAAAAUACAUUGACUCAGAAAAAAUGCUCGAAAAUUCAAUAUGAAGUUCUCCAUAAGUUGUAUUUAGUGAUAUUGAAUGUAAUGUAAUUAUUAUUAUUUUUUUAAACUAAAUUUUAAUUUUAUGAAAAUCAUGAAAACAUAUUUUACCGAACUUCGAUCAAAAUUGUUGGUUUUGCAAACAAUAAUUUAUCAUUUCAUACUACAGAUAUAAAUUAAACUAUAUAUCUUAGCCAACGCCAACUUCCAAUCUACAGCAGUUGCACUGUGGGUAUAUAAGUUGAAUUUUAUAAUCUGUGGGCACAGCGUUGUAGAUCGUCGUCAUCUAACCAUUAACCUAAUUUAACCUUUUUCAUAUGCAAGUUGUUAUCCAAUCAUCUAAUCUGGCUAACUACUCUUCUCUUUUUUCUGAAUUUAUCCGCAGGGUUCUUUUGAUAUGAACUAUUUUACAGUAUUUAUAGAUAUUUCGUGUGUAAAUUUCAAUAAUAUAUUUUUUAUUUUAAAAAUACAAUUUUAUAAUAUCAUUAAAAUUAAUAUUUUAUUAAGAAUAAUUAAAUAAAUGUUUUCUCCUUUAUAAAUAUGGUGUAUUGUAAUAUAUUAUGUACUGCAAGCACACAUUAUAUUCAAGUCGAUGUCCCCAGUCCCCCUAUUAAUAAUUUAUACUCUAUAUGCAGUGUGUUUCCCAUUAAUUUUUUUGAGAGUAUAUCAAGUCGUCAAAUAAUACUAAAAUUUAAUAAAAUACAAAUAUUUUUCUUAUGGUUUAGAGGGGUGAAGGAUUUGUCAAUAAUAAUCUUGAGAGUUCAAAUCGCAAAUUGAUUGAGGCUUGGGAGUAUACGCAGUAUACCUAUAAUAUUUAACAAAACUUUGAGAGUAUACAUCGUAUUUGUAGAAUACCAUAUGGAAUCACCCCUAUUUAUAUAUGAUUUAUCUGUAAAAAAAAGAAAUUUUAUUUUUCCUAUGCAUUGUCAUUGAUGUACGUACCUAUUAAUUUAUAAGUUUCAUCAAUAAUUACUCUGUGUUUCCCGUUUAACCUAUAUAAAAAGGGGGGGGGUCAUCAACAUUUACAAACGUAUUUUUCUCUAAUUUAUAGGUUGGCCUGAAUGAAAAAAAACCUAACACAACUUUUGUUCUCAGUAACGGACCAGGAAAAGCGUGUUAUAGCAUAAUUUCCCGCAAAAAACCUAAUCUAACAUACGUAUUUUUUCCUUUCAAUUUUAUAAAAGUAACUAUUUCCAAAAUAUCGGUUUUAGCACGAAUUAAAAUGUGUCUUACCAACAACUAGCUAUAAGUUGUCCAUAAGGAAAAGGACACUAUGACGUCUGAUUACACUGUUUCAUUUCAAAAUUGUAUAUUUAUUAAUUUUUAUUAUUACGUUAUCAAACUAAGAUUCGUGGUUAGUUUUAAUUCCAGUCAUAGUGGUGACUUAUAAAACCGGUAAGACAUUUUAUUCCAGCUAAAAUAUUGGAGUUUUGAAAAGUUAAAGUUUUGAAUAUUUUUCAAUUUAUGUGUUUAUUACAAUAAGAUUCAUGUAUUCAACUAAUCAUAAAUUUAAAUAAUUUUGUAAUUUUGUAUUUUUUUAAUGCUUAACGCCUGUGUAAAUGUUUAUUACCAAUGUUAUAUUAUUUGUAAUUAUUUGGUGUUUCAGUAUAUUAGCUUUGGUAUUAUUGGUAUUAAAACGUUUAAUAUGUAUAAAUAGUUACCUAUUAUAUAGAGAUGUUUCGUAUAUCUGGCCAUCGAAUAAUAAGUAAUAAUCGGGUACUCAAUACCAUAGUCAGUACUCUGCCAAUAUUCCGUAUCUGGCGUAAUAAUAUAUUAUCUCGAACUAUAAUCCGGUACUAAGCUUGCUGUCUAAUUUAACAAAAUGAAAAAUGUAUGAAAAUAUAUUUUUUAAUUUUUUAAUAGAAAUAAUUAUAAAAAUAAAAAAUAUAUAUUAUUUAUUAAUUACCUAGUUGCUACUAGAUAUUGUAUUUUUUGCACUUUAUCAAUAUUAGAAUCUUGAUUAUCACAGUAUUACACAACACUCGGCUUUUAUUAAUAUAAUUACUUGACUGCUAGUUGCCCGGUAUUUAUGUAAAUUCAAAUUAUUACUCAGUAAAUACUUAGUACCGCGAUUUGUUAAUAAAUAAUCUACGAAAAACAUUUAUCUUCUUGACCUGACCUGUAUAUUCUCAGUUGUCAUACAAAAAAUAUUUUUGUUUAUUAUAUGUAUAAAUUGUUAUUAUUUAGUAUGGGAGAGUUUUGACCUUUUGGUUUUUUUAAAAUCUAGUCGAGUCAAGUAUUCAUUUUUUCGAGUAAAAUUCAGAAGUCAAGUACUCGAUUUGAGAAAAUUCGACACUUUAGUACUCGACCAAUUCUACAAUUUAGUUAAAAAUUCUAUAUAUUUUAAGUUACAAUUUAAUUUUAAAAUGAUGUUUAAUCUGUUUUAAAAUACUAUAAUAUACCUAAUUUAAAAUUUUAAGAUUUGUAUACUCAAUAGUGUGUAUUUGCAAGUAUUAUUUCGGCUCUCUAAGAGAAAUCAGUACUCCCGUAUUUCUAUGAUUCUUUCAACUGUUGUAUAUUUUUCGAUCAACUGAUAAACAGUGUCGACAUUUGAUAACUACACCUUGAGUGUAAUCAUGACGUCAUGGUAUCCUUAUCUGCUUGGAAUCCCAAAUAUCUGAUUGUUGGUAAGACAUUUGUAUUCGCGCUAAAAUUGAUCGGUUUGAGUUAGUUAAAUUAAAAAUAUAUAUUAUUUUCUCGCUCACGUAAACCUAAACAAUUUGGUGAAAAUACGUUAGAAAAAUAUCGAUGACCCCUAUUGUAUAAAAUUGACGGAGAUCGCGGAAUAUUUUUCCUUCAACCAACUCCAGCGUCGUCUUAGGCCGCGCGUAUCAUCGGUGCGUUUUCAUACGCCGCAUAUGAAAAUACAUUAAGAUGACGUUAUACUCGCAUGUGCUGUCUCGGUCCAACUAACGGGCUAUAUAGCAGAAUCUGCCUUAUGUAGACUUCGUAGAACUCUCUUAAUUUUGAUUUUAGAGUAAAAUCACCUAUUUUAAAAUUUAAAGAGAAUAAUAUUCCGGUGGGCAAAACUCAUUGUUUUGCCCAUUAUUUUAAUUAUUAUUCCGAAUAUAAUGUUCAAUACAUCGUUUAGAAUAAAAGACUAAUUCAUCGUUUUUAAAUGAUUGUAACAUUUCUAAAAAUGAAUUUAAAAAAAUAAACGCAUCAUCUUCCUCUCUGGAAUAAUGUACUCUUUUAGUUUUAUAAUAAGUGCUUUUACUCCAACCAAAAUUAAGUGAGUUCCAUGCAGUCUGUGUAAGGUGGAUUUUUUUAUAUUGCCCUAGUUGGAAUGAGACAGCACAUGCAGAUAUACCGCACUCUUAAACAAAUGAAACGUUACACAGCCUCGCAUAAUCAUCUGCUUGCGUUUUUUCGUUGAUGCGUUGACUACGAGCCGUACGCGUGGAUCGUUGGUUGUCGGUAUUGACAUGUUGACUGUCGCGCGUUUCAUACGUGGCGUUUAUUAAUUUAUAAACAUUUAUAUUCAUUUAUCCUUCACUUAUCAAGGGAAAACAAGUACAAAUUUAAUAAUGUAUUAUUUGGAAAGACUUAAUGGAUCCGAAAAUAAUUUUAAAAUUUGUUUUCAUUGUUUCUUAAAUCCCCGUACGACGUUAAAAAACUUCUUUUUAAAAUUCUUCGUGAAAGUAAAGGAUGAUUGAACCCACAUUCUCCGCUCUUUUAAUUUACGGUUUUUUUUUUUUAUAUAAUUUGUUUAACACGUGUAUUAAUUUUUGGACGACUACUGACACACAACUGACUAUUUCGAUGAGUAGUAUGAUUCGAAACGCUUCAAAAAUACUUGUCGAAGUGAAAACAAAAUAUGGCAUGUUUGAAAACGCCGAGUAUGAUACGUGUUGCUGUGAAACGGGCCUAAGUACAUUUAGAAUUAGUUACAUGCCACCAAAUGUACUGUACUGAUUUAAUUUCAACCAUCAUACAUAAGAUUACAAGAGAGGCAUACUAGACAAAUUAAUAUUAAUUAUAAUACUCUUGAGGAAACAUACAAAUUAUUACCUGCAUCAACAACAAUCCAUGAGAAAAAUCACAUUUUCACAAAUUCAUACAUAUACAAAAAUAAUGAUAUCGGUUUUGACAAAAUUGGAUGAAUUGGAUGGGCAAAUAUUAUGAACGUUACAAAAUUUAUUAUAUUUGAUUAAAUAAAUGGUAUCAUGGUACUCGGGAGAUGCAGUGAUUUAAGAUUUUACUUUGUAUUUAAAUUUAUUACUUUAGUCUAAUUGGCGUUAGAACUUGAUCUUGUGUGUAGGUAAUAUAAUUAUACACAAUAUAAUAUGUUAUAACUAAAUUCAUUGGUGUGCGCAGAAUAGGAGAAAGUUAGGUUUUUGAAUUCCCAUUGUCUGAAAAAAUAUUCUACGUUUUAGGUAUUCAGAAUUUAUUAUUUACUAGUUUCUCUCCCAUUUUGACAAUUUCUGGGUAUGCUACAUAUAGUAUGAAUAGGUGAAAAGUUUGAUGAUGUAGUUCAAUACUAUUAUAUAAUUUAUAAAUGAGUUGUAAAAUAAUUUAAAUUGGGUACAUAUUUUUUAUUAAGUAUAUGUAGUUAUAUUUUAAUUAUAAAUUAUGCAUAAUUUCCGACAAAUUAAUUAGUUUUGAUUGUUUUUUCAAGCUAAUUAAUCGAACUAUGGUUGAAGUUUUCUCUAGAUCGAUUACGAUAUUUCAUAAUUGUACCUACAUGAUGACGUUUUCGUUAUUAUUAAAAUAAUAUUUUAUUUGUGUUACAAUAUUAUUAGAUUCUAUAAAUAGAAAUAUUGUAUACUUUGGUACUACGGUGGUCCACAGUAAAAUUCAAUAAUUUUCAUCGCAGACAAUAGUUUAUAUAUUUAUUAAUUCUCAAAUCAAAAUUAAACAUUACGUAUAACGUUAUUAGCCAAUUUUAUAGUUAACAAGAUAAAUGUAUAAUUACCAACAUAAAUUUUAAGUAACUGUAGAAGAUUAUUUAGCAUAAAGAUGGGACAUUUUUUUUCUUUUAUAAUUUUAAAACUAUAGGUAAAAUGACAAAUAUUUACGGCGUUCCGUUUUCAUUGAUUUUAUUAUGUUAACACGAUGUUUUAUAUUAGAAAUAUGGCUCCAAUUCAAAAAUGACAGGAGAUCGAUUUUGUUCCCUAUAAUAUUUCGCUACUGACAGAGUAAGUCGUUUUUCGAUAUUUUAAGCAGUUUUCUUGAUAAUUGGAAAAAGUUAAAAAAGACGAAAUAUACGAUUUUUUUUUUCAAAUUAUGGCACAAUGAUUUCAUUAUUUUAAAUUUUUACAACUUAUUUUUCUCACCAUAAAUAUUGCUCCAGUAGAAAAACAUCAAAAGAUCUUUUUUGUUGAAUUUUUAUUUAGUUGGUGACUAAGAAAGUUGUUUCUUGAUUUUCUAUGUAGUUUUUUAAAUAAUUGAGCAAAACCGAUAAAUAUGUAGAAUAAACGAGAAAAUGUAUGAAAAUGAUUCUUUUAUACAUAUUUUAAAUUUUGUUUUUUUUUUAAUGUUAUUCAGUUUAAAAUAAUCGUAGGGACUUAAAAUGUUAACAGACAACUUAUAUUUAUUUAUUCUAUACUUAGUAAAACUUUCAGAACAUUUGAGCAAUUUCUGAGCUAUUUAUAGAAAUUUUAAUUUUGAGUUUUAUAUGGUAGGUACCAUGUAGAUAAAUUGUUAAACUUAAUAGAAAUGAUUGGAAAUUUAAUAGGAGAUGGUUCAUUAUAAGUGGUAAAAAAAAUUAUUUUUAAGUUGUUUUUUUUUUCAUAACAGUUUUAAUAUCAAAUUUUUGCGAAAAUUAUAAAAAUUACGACAUUUCAACAUUUGGGUAACGGAACUUCGCUCUAAAUCGUUUUUCGUUAGCAACGGUUUAUCGUAGGUUAUAGAUAUAAAUUAAAUAACCUUAUGUAUUCCACCUUCUUAACCACUCGCUUGUAACAGUAGCCGCAUCCGUCCGCAGUAUCAGCUCUUUUUUUUCCGAGUAUAACCGACAGCAGUAAGGGGUUUGUUAACACAAUAAUUCACUAACUACUGCUAUCGUUUAUUAAAUAACUUAUGAAUUAGCUUAUCGUAUGUAAAAUUGACGCUUUCCCCAUCUGGCUUUAGCCAGAAGGCUAAAUUAUCCUUAGUUAUAUGAAUCAACCUUAGUGAGAUGUGGGACUCUCGUCCAUCAACAUCCCCUGACAAGCUUAGCCUAGGUGGGGGCCCUUUAUUUUCUCCACCUGGUUAGAACCCACCGGUCUGGGGUCUUGUACGUGAUGCUAUUCGCAGCCGGUGAAGUGAGAGCCAGGUAGCUUGAAUAGCCAUGCAGUGUGUGUUGUUUUACGACAGAAUCGUAGAAGACAGUGGACUGCCACAUUACGGCAGUCCACACUGAUAAUGUCCAUAGCUUUUGGAUGUAGGUAUAGCACUACUAAUAUAAAAGUAAAAAUUAUAUGACAAGUGUCCGUCAAUGUGUUAAAUUAAUAUUUAGUGGACCAUUUUGAUAUAGACUUAAUGGUAUAUAUUGUAUCUCUAUUUACUGUAAUCAUUUAAAUUUACGUCCUUCAAUUUUAAACUCCUAAUUCACACUGGUAGUAUAUUAGUAUAUUAUAACAAAAUAAAUGUUCGUUUCACUUAGCAACCUUGCGAUUUAUUAUAUUUAAUUGUUAUAUAAACGGUAUGUCCAAACAAAUACAUAUUAUAAUUUUCAUAUAUGCUUUAUUUAAGAUACAUUAAGUACGUAGUUAUGCAUACUGCAAUGUUUUUGAAGUUCAGUUAUCUAUGUAACAGUACCAAUGCGUGUACACAUAUUUUUAAAAAAAAUUGCAUACAAAUAUAAUUUUGUGCUAUGAUGCUAAUUGGUAUUUAUUAUUUACUCGUGUAUUUUUUGACUAGGGAUUUUUUAAUAGUAAAAAUAGUUUAUUUAACCCUAUUGUAAAAUGUUUUGCAAACUAUAGUUUAAUAUCUAUAGUUAGAUGGUAUAGAUAAAUAUUUUUAUUAAAGGUUUCCUUUUAUUAUUAUAUUUAGCUUGGCGAUUUUUUAAUACCUACAUAAUGUUAGUUAAAUUAGUUGAAGUAAAAUAGAAAAACAACAACUAUAACAAACUAAAACACGAUAAAAUAGUGGAAUGUGUAAUAUGAUUGUUGAUUAUAUUACACUAGUCGUGAUUUUAUCCUCGAACAUUUUUUAUUAAUACAGUUCUACGAUGUUUUAUGAUAUUAAAUUUGUUGGCUUAUUAUCUAUAGGUAAUAGUUAAGAUUAAUUGAUUUAUUGGAUUUCUGGUUCUUGAAAGGCCUACUUAUUAUUACGUAUUACCAUAGACCUAAUAUUAAUUAAUAGUAAUAGACUACACAAUGAUAAUAAAUAAUAAUAAUAUGUUGCGUUGCUAAUAUGAACGUGGGACAAUCAUAGAUAAAGCCCAAAAAUAUUUUAGCUUGACAUAAAAUAUUUCGCCCAAAUUAAACGUCAUGUUUUACGGUCUUCUUGUUACUAAACUUAAAAUUACAAAUGUAGCUGUAACAAUAGUAACGCCAUUCUCGUUAGUCUUUCACAUUUUGUCCAACACUACAUUGUUUAUCAAACAUGUUGCUUUGGUAUGACAGUAUAAGCAUGGUUUUAAAUUUUGUCUGCCACAUUUUGCGGUAUUUCUGCGACUAUGUAGUGAAUUCUUAGUGGGUUUUUAAAUUCUUGUGAAUAGUAAGACUGUAAUUCCCUGUUUAUGUACAGUAUUGAUUGACUAUUGUACUCCGAAUUUUUAUUUUAAACUGCUCUGAAACUGCCUGUAAACUAUUAUAAAUUAACUAUUUAUAUCUAUUAAUACCUGGAAAUGGACUGUUGAAAAAGGGCUAUAUUUUAUUAUAGUUGACCAUCUCCCAACCCGCAUGGAUCGUAGUUGAGUAGUAUCGGAAUGAGUCAAGUUGACUAUAUAGCGUGACAGCGGAUACAACUCAUUGCAAUUUUGUUUUUCCCCAUUAAUGUAGUAGUGCGUUAUUAUAUUAUAGCCCAUGAGUUCAAAGAUUAUAAGUAAAACAUUAACAAUUUCAUCAAAAUCAGCUCGUUAUUUAUUAUACACAUUUAUCCAUAGCUAAAUAUAUUUAAUUAUUUAAUAUAUUUAUUGACCACAAUUAAAAAAAUAAAAAAUCUGAUACUUGGGACGUUUGUGGCUACUGUUGUGGGUAGGAAGUUGGGAAGGUAGGAUAUAUAUAUAUAUAUAAAGUUAUUUAAUUUAUAAAUGUACGCAAAUAAACCAUCACUAACGAAAAACAGUUUGGAGCGAAGUUCAGUAAGACAUAUUUUGAAAUGUCGUAAUUUUUACGAUUUUCGUCAAAAUUUGAUAUUAACUCUUAAAAAAAAAAAAAAAUUGAAAAAUACUACAUUAUACAUUCAACUUUUUUUUUGGCCAUUAAGUACAACUUAUAAUGACCUCUUAUUAAAUUUUCAAGCUUUUCUGUUAAGCCUAAUAAUUUUUCUUACUAAGUACAUACCAAAUAAAAUUUACUUAAAAAAUCCACAAAAUUAAAAUGUUCGUAAAUAAUUGAAAAAUGGGUCAAAUAUUUUUAAAUUUGAGCACAUCUAGAUAAGGCAAACAAGUUUUCUGUACAAAUUUUAAGACUAUGGAUAUUUUAAAUUGAAUUAUAACAAAAAAACAAAAUUAAAAAUAAUAAAAGUAUUAUUUUUGUAAAUGUUUCAGUUCAUUAUGUUUUUUUCGGUUUUGCUUAAUUAUUAAAAAAAUAAAAUUCCAAGAUUCCUUUUCGAAAAGUUAUUUACAGACAAAAAAAAACACACAUCAUAAUAUAGUAAAACCAAUAUAUCACUCGUUACCCUAUGAAUUCCAAAAAAACACUCAUCAUAGUAAAACCAGAUUCCUUGCUACGCUUCGAAUCUAAUAUAGUUGUAUUUUUAUAGGUCUGACAUUUUUUAUUAUGAAACCACUAACCAGAAUACUUGUCAGUGGCUAUAACUUGUUCAAAUUAAAGUUGGUCUCUAAUGGAUAUAGUAUAAUCAAGCCCGGACAUAAUCACGUAUUAAAGGACCCAUUGUGCCAUAAUUUAUGUAUUUACAUAUUAUAUAAAAAUUGUACAUAUGUACGAUAAUUUAAUGUUCGUUAAACAAUGUUUUAGUUUAAAUAUUUAUAUAAAGAGGGCCCAUUUUGCAGUUUAUUAUAGGGGCCCUUUGGAUCCUUACUUCGUUCUUGAGUACAUUAUAUUUUAGUAUAAUAGUAUCUACACUUCUACAGUGCUACUCCAGCAUAAUAUCAAUGAAUAUAAUCAUUCAUUAUGGAUUAAAAUAUCAUGAUAGGUGGGUUACUGUUGUAGGUAAGAAGUUGGUAAGGUAUAGGGGAUAUUUAAUAUAUAUCUGUACACAACGAUUAACCAUUGCUAACGAAAAACGAUUCUGAGUGGAGUUCGGUUAAUAAUGUUUUGUCCACAAUAUAUUAUAUAUGUCAUAUUAUGGUAAAAUAAUUACAUAAUAUGCAUUAUAUAUUUUCUUUAAUAAUUAUUGUUUAAUAUUAUACCUAUUUUUCCGUUUUUCCAAACAUUUUUCCAGGUUUUUUCCAUUUACUAUGAAAACUGUUGGAAAAAUCAAAAGAUGACCUUGCUAAAGUACCACUCUAGUCAGAUUUCUUUUCAGAAAAAGUAAUAUAAUUGCAAAAUGGAGCAAAAUUGCUGGUAGAAGAGUUGUUAGCAGAUAAAGAAAAAAUAAACAUUUUUUUUUAGUAUUUUGCACAAAAAUAAAUUAUUUUGAAUAGGCGCGUGCUUAAUGUUUAUAAUUAUAACGUUUGUCUAUUUUUAAUACAUUUCAAUAUUUUGCCAACAGUUGGACGAAAAUAGUUACCAUGUUUAUACAUUCAUAACUAUACGAUUUUGAAUAUUUUUGAUAGUUUAUUUCAUUAUUCAUUAUGCUUUUAUAGUAAGUACAUUAUGAUUUAAACUAUUUUGUCAUUUAUUUAUUUUAAUCAACAUAAUAUUAAAUUUUCAAAUUAUACAUUUAUGUAUUAACAAUUUCAUAAUACUUUUAAUAAGGUAGAUUAUGUUUGAUGACAAUUGUUAGUGACCAUAUAGUCAUAUAGUAUAUAUAGUUUAUAUAUAUAUAUAAACUAUACAUUUUAAUAUUCAAUUCAAAGAGUUAGAUAUUCUUAAAUACCUAUUUAAUAAUUUUGAAAUGAGUUUUUAAAAAUAUAUAUUUUUUUAAAUUAAUUUUAAUUUUAAACUGUUUAUUAUUAUUAUAUUUAAAUAAUAAUCAUUUACUAAAUUUAUGUAGACCAGAUACCUAAUAUGACAGUAUGUGGAUGUAGUUGAAUUUAGCAACAAUGUUAAGUUAGUUUGUCUUGCAUACAAUUUAACUAUGAAUAUACAAGAGAGGCUUUUUAGUUGAUGGACCCUCUGAAGACAUUUUGUCAUUAUUUGUUAUAUUAUAUUGGUUUGGUGGAGUAUGAUUUGUAUUAUUUGUAUACAAAAGCCAAUUCACAGGAUAUGAUAUUUAAGGCACAUUUAUUUGGCCAGUACUUACUGAUUUUAUUUAAAUGGUUAAAAUAUAGUAGUAAAAGUAUUUUUAAAAUGAUUGUUAUUCAAUGAAAUUAAUUCUAUUACAGGUACACAUUUAUUUUGAAAAUGCAAUUUAAUUAAAUUCUGUUAAAGUUAUUCAAUCAUAAAUUAAAUAUUUAAGUAUUUAUUGAGAAAAGGUCACAAUACCAUUUAAAGGAGGAUUUUCUAUGACCUUAGAAAUAUGAAUUAAACUGGUUAAUAAAUCACAAAACUAUACAGUAUUACAAUAUAGUGUAUACAUAUUAAUAAAAUGUGCAAGGUUUCUAUCUCCCCCCCCCCCAUUUAUUAACUAAAUUAAUACAAAUUUCAGUUAUGAUACACAUUUAUAAUAUAUUUUGUAUAACUAUCAACAUAUAUUCUUCUCUUUUGCUUUCACACCAACUAAUUGGGGUAGGUCGCCCUUGUAUUAAACUUCCAUUUGACCCCAAUCUCUCACCUUGCAUAUCAUUCUCAAUUGCAUUUAAUCACCUCUUUUUUUGUCUUUUUUUCUACCUCUUUCCUCCAUGUUUAUUUUCAUUACAAUUCUUACUGAUCAUGAUUUCUCUCUCUUCAUGACAUACCUAAAUCAUCUCAGUCUAUUUUCUUUCAUUUUGUCUGUUAUCGUAACCGAGCUUCCUCUUAUGUACUCAUACCCUAUUCUAUCUUUCACUACUUCACCCAUAUACCUAAGUAUUCUCAUUUCUGCUCUGUACUUAUUCUCUGUUUUAUUUUUCUGUCUACCACCCAACACUUCAAAUCAAACAACAUAGUUGGUUUUGCCACACUUUAAGUCUCAUUGGAAUUCUGUUUUCUCAUAUAAAACCUGGCGCGUCUCCAAUUUAUCCAAGCACACUUAAUCCUAGAUUUAACAUCUUUGACAAAGACACCAUUCUGUUGUAUAAAAGAUCUUAGCUUGCUUAUUACAUCUCCAUUUUUUUUGUAAGCUGUCUUGUCCUGUUCUUCCAAAUUUAUACUCUAUCUACUUUGUUUUACUUAUUUUUAGUUUUUUUCUUUUAAGUGCUACUGUCCAUUCCUCAAGCAUACUAUUAACUUCUUCUAUCAAAGCUAUAUCAUCUGUAAACAUCAUGCAUCAUGCCACCUCUUCUUACCUGUUGUCCCCAUGCAUUUCCAAGAUGAGACAAUCAGCUCAAGAAAUUUAGAAUUCCUCAUACUGAUUGACAGAAUUUUUUGCACCAGCUGUCUACCUGACGCAAUACUAUUUGUCACCUCUUACAACAGAUAGAGAUACCAUGAGAGUAUUCUGAUUUCUUCCCACAAAGAGAAAUUAUCAACAGAUAGCAAAGUUAAAACAUUAUAUUAUAAACAUUAUGCGAGUGCCAAUUUUAAAACUGGGAGUAUUAAGCACUUCCUCCCUAUACUGUAAUUAUUUCACAAGUUUAACAUCAUUUAUUAUAUUAAACAAAUUACAUUAAAAAUUUGGCAAAUUUUUACGUUUUACACAAUCAAAUCCUUAAUAGGUUUAACCAUAAAAACAAUAUAUUAUAAGACCUAGAUGAUUUGAAAGUACUUAAUUUAUUUCUUUAUUUAAUGCCUACAUAAUUAAUUUAUUACAAUAAUAUAUUUUAAUUAAAAUGGUUAUAUCUUAAUCACUUACUUAAUAACAAAAGUUCUCUACAAAAUAAUUUACUUUUGUUUUUUAAGAAAUGUUAAAACUUGUUCAUUGUAAAUGUUAACAAUUCUAUUAUAGUUUAUAAAAAGCAAUGAUCGGGAUCCUUAAUAUUAUUAUAUUUUAUGUGUAUGAAAGUGGAAUAUACACUGUACAGUGCCAAAUGAAAGAAUGUUUUUUACAAAUUCCAAAUUUUAUCAAUAUGACGUAAUAUUACCUACAUUUGGUACUUCUGGUUAAUCUCACAUAUUAUAUUAAAUUUGUUUUUUCAUAUCUUUUAAUAAUUGUGUUAGUAAUUUCUGAUUUAGAUUAUCUAAAUACACUAAACUUAGUAUACAAUUAAAAAAAAGACAUUGUUUGAAUGAUUUUUUUUGUUCUUGUGGUAAUAUUAUUUUUACAUUUUUAACUAAAUAUACUAUUAUAUUUAUUAUUUUUUAUUUCAGUAAUUAUUCAUAUUUUAGAGUUUAUAAGUGCAAAAGCUGUAUAAUAUUUUGGUUGUCUGUGUUUCUUAAAUAAACUUAUAUUUUUAAUAUACAUACCUAAUAUCAAUUUUAUUUAAUUCAUAGAUAGUUAAUCAAUCACAGUGCAUCAAAUUAUUUAUAUAUGACUUAUUAGUUAUUAAAAUAUACUAAAUACUUUUUAUAUAUUGCUUCAUAUAGUUUUUUAAACAACAAAAAGUAUUCUUACUUAUAAAUGUAAUAUUGUAGUACUAGUAUUAGGUUAUUUGGCAAUAAAGCAUAAUGUUUGUUUAUAUUAAAACUCAUUUAAUUAUCUUAAAGAAUUGGACCACAUAAAUUUUGUUACAGAAUACGUUCAUUAUGUAGUUGAUUUUCUUGUGUUCAUAUAUGUUUAACAUUUGUUAAACUUUAGUUAAUAAGAUGUAUUUGUAAUGUUAUACUUAUAUGUGUUCAAAAAAUUGAGCUGAUUAAUUAGUUCUUGAUAAUGCAGCUAAGAGGUAAAAUUAAAUUAAUAUUUAAUAUAUAACAGUUUUAUUUUUUUUGUUAAUAUGAAUAAAUAUUCAUUUAUUAAAUAAAGUAUAACAUUUAUUAAUAUAUAUAUUUUUUUACAUUAUAAUUUGUUUGUUUUUCUUUUCCAUGGUCCAUAUUUUAAUAUUGUUUCGGAAUAAAUGUUAUUGAGUACAAUCCCAUUCUUUAAUGUAAACAUUUUAAAUUACAGAAGCCAAUACAACUGAAAGAGAACAGUUGUUUAUUCAGAAAAUGCAACAGUGUUGUGUGUUAUUUGACUUUAUUUCGGAUCCACAAUCUGAUUUGAAAUGGAAAGAAAUCAAGCGAGAAACAUUACAUGAAAUGGUAGACUAUUUGUCAUCUAAUCACAGUAAUGUCCUUACUGAAGCCGUAUAUCCUGAAGCUAUAAGAAUGGUAAGAAUUAAAACUAUAUACAUUUUUAAUAAAUCGUGUGUUUAAUUUAUUAAAAGCAUCAAGUUGUAUUUAUUAAAUUUCACAGACAACCAAGAAAUUAUAUACUUAUAAAUAAACGUCCUAAUUGAAUUACUACUUAGUUUUUUGUUUAUAUAUUUUUGUGUGAUCAAAAAAAAUGCAUUAAGAUAAUAUGGUUUUAAAAAUAAUUUUAAUUUUGCAUUAAAUGUUUGUACUUUCAGUUGGGAAUUUAAGUCAUAUUUAUAUUAGGUUAUUAUUAUUUUUCUUUUAAAUUACAGUUUGCAGUAAAUCUAUUUCGUAGCCUACCUCCUUCAAGUAAUCCCAAUGGUGCAGAGUUUGAUCCAGAAGAAGAUGAACCACUUUUAGAAGCGGCUUGGCCUCAUUUACAAUUGGUAUAUGAGUUUUUCCUUAGGCUCUUAGAGUCUCAAGAUUUUCAGCCGUCCAUUGCAAAAAAUUACAUUGACCAAAAAUUUGUCCUUCAAGUAAUAAACUUAAGAGAAAUUAUUUUUGGUAUGCAAUUAAACUAUUAAAACAAUUUUUAUUAAUGUAGUUAUUGGAGCUAUUUGAUUCUGAAGACCCAAGAGAAAGAGACUUUUUGAAAACUAUUCUGCAUCGGAUUUAUGGCAAAUUUUUAAGUUUGCGAGCAUAUAUACGAAAACAGAUUAACAACAUAUUUUAUAGGUAAUAAUAUACAUUAUACAGUUUAUUUUUUUUUUUUUUUUUUUUUUUUUUUUUUUUUUUAUUAUUAUUAUUAUUAAUAAAUAAUAAUUUUUAUCAUUUUUAUCCUUUACAGUUUUAUAUAUGAAACAGAACACCAUAAUGGUAUUGCAGAGUUUUUAGAAAUAUUAGGAAGGUAUGUCAUAAUUAAUAUAAUAAAUUUUGUUUUAUGUAUUAAUUUAUUUUAUUUUUACCCCAAUUAGUAUUGUCAAUGGUUUUGCAUUGCCUUUGAAAGAGGAACACAAGGUAUUCUUAAUAAAAGUUUUAUUGCCGUUACAUAAAGUGAAAUCACUGUCUGUGUAUCAUCCGCAAUUGGCUUAUUGUAUUGUACAAUUCCUUGAAAAAGAUCCAUCUCUUACAGAGUCAGUUGUCAGAAGUUUGUUAAAAUUUUGGCCAAAAACACAUUCCCCAAAAGAAGUAAGUUUUUAAAUUGUGUAGAUAAAUAUUUAUUUAACAUUUUAUAUGUUUAGGUCAUGUUUCUUAAUGAAUUGGAAGAAAUUUUGGACAUAAUUGAACCAUUGGAAUUUCGAAAAGUGAUGAAACCAGUGAUACAUCAAUUAGCUAGAUGUGUCUCCAGUCAACAUUUUCAAGUAUGUUUUUAAUAAAUUAUCAUUCAAAGAGAAUUAAUGUUAAUAUAACCAGCGAUAUACAGAUAGUCCAUACAAUAGUAAUAUUUGGCGACCACCAGUAGAUGCCAAAACUGAGGAAUGCUAGAGUAGUUAGGAUGCAAAGGUUUUGAUAGGCAAGAAUUGCAAGGAAGUGUGUUGCUGUCACUUUUUCAUGACAAGGGUACCUUUUCAUUCCAACUAAUCUAGUGCUUUAUAUUGAUGGCAUCUAGAGUUGGUCAUCAAACAUUACCAUUGCAUCUGGGCUAUCUGUCUAUUAUAUAAUGAGUGGUAUAACUAAUUAUUGAAAUAUUAAAUUGAGUAUAAUAUUUUAGUAGGUAUUAAUAGGUAGUAGGUGGUAGUAGUAGGUGAUAAUAAUAUUUAUUUUUGUUUUAUUCAAACAUUUACGACAAGUUAUAUUGAAUAUGAAUCUUAAAAUAUUUUAAUAAUUUUUUAAAAAAAAUUAGUAAUGGUGUAUUGCUGUGAUUAGUUUUAUGUUUUUUUAUUGAUUACAUUUGUAAGUCGGUUGGUUAAAUUGAUAGUAAAUGUUUUAUUAGUUUAACUGAUGUUAUAAUUUAACUGUUAUAAAUACUUAUUUUUUCAUAAAUAGGAAAAUUAAAUUAGUUAUGGUAUACUGUUUAUAAAUGAAUAGAACAAUUAAAAAUAUCAUAAACCCAUCUUAUGGGCUAAUCCAAUACUUAACUUAUCUUUAAAGUAUAUUAUAGCUAUAUUAAAUUAUUAAUCUGCAAAUGCUAAUAAACUACUCAAAUAAUACAAUAGGCUAAAACAUAAUAUAUAAUAAACAUAAUUAGUUUACAAAAUCAGUGUUUUAUUGUUUUUAGUGAACAUUUGCUAAUUUGUGUACAUCCUGUUAGUAUGUUAAUUAUAAAAUUUGGUUUAAUAUCUUUAAAAACUUAAAAUUAAAUAAAUUCUUAAGGCGAAUGAAUAAAUUGAUUUAGUUGUAGAUUUUUUUUUUGUGUGCAUUCAUAAACUUGUAAAAUUAAAAAUAGUGUACUGAUGUGUAACUUAUGUCCAAUGUUUCAAUUUUUUAUACUACAUUAUUUUUUUAUUACAAUUUUUUAAAUAUGUAUGUUUAUCUAAUUUAAAACUAGAUUUGGUUUCUAGGUUGCUGAAAGAGCACUUUAUUUUUGGAACAAUGAAUACAUUAUGUCAUUAAUGUCUGAAAAUGUGGAUGAAAUUUUGCCAAUCAUGUUUCCAGUAUUAUACAAAAAUUCUAAAACCCAUUGGAAUAAGUGAGUACAUGUGCAAAUAAAUAUAAUUUAAAAAAUAAUUCUAUUCCAAAAACUGUGUGGAUAAUACAAAUUCAAAUUAAUAAUAUUGUAUCAAUAUAAAAAAAAAAAUUUAAAUCUUCUCCUUUUUAGACAUAUGAUUACAGCAUAUGACAUAUGACAAUUGAUUAAUAGUAAUACAAACUUAAUGUUAAUUUGUAUGCAUAUGAAAGCCCUAAUUUUUAAAAAUAUCAAAGAAGUAUUUGCAUUCUAUGCAAAUAUUUUACAACUCCCCCAAAAAAUUUAAAGAUAGCUUUAAAUGAUUUUUAUAAGGAAAAAAACCUGUACCAAAUGCGUGUCGUGCAUACAUUAACUUAAGAUUCCAUAGUAUUUGUAUAUUUUGUUCAUUAUUGAAAUAACUGGUUAACAUAUUAUGUUGAAAAUAAUUUUUAUUAGAUGUGUUUAACAAGUGCUGAUUUUUAAUUUCCUAAGGUUUGGAUGUUUGAAGAGAGGUUAUAUUAUUAUUGACUUUAGGAGCUUAUAUUAUGUUGUACUAUAAAAAUGUCCAAUAAAAACAUUUAUUGCAUUUUCAAUGACCUUUCCAAUGAUACCCACAAAGUGCGGUGAGCGAAAAAUUGUCAUCCCUUAGUUUUAUGUUCAGAAAUCUACAACUAAGUUAUUUUUAAAUUUUUGUCUACAUCAAUAUAUUACACUCACAUUAGUCACCUUCCUAUAAAAUUUUAUUAAAAUUGAUGGAAUAAUGACGGAAUUAUAAGCCUAUAGAUAGUACAGAUAGACGAAUAUUAUAGUAUUAUAAAGCUUACAAUUUUAACAUGUUUUAUAUUAACUUAUUUAGAAAAAUAUACAAAGAAAAAUUUUAAAUCUUGUGAUUAAUUUUUGACAUACGCUCAUAUUUUCAUUGAUACUAUAAUAAUCAAUAAUCAAAUUUCCUCCAUUACAAAUAAUUCAUUAGUCAUACUUUACAUUUUUUUAAAGUGAUGAAAAAUUAAUUUUCACCCAAUAAAUUUCUAAAAAUUAUUUAAUCAUGGCAUUUUUAAAUAUCAUGCUUAUAAAACUAACUUAAAAGUAAAUAAUAAUAGAAAAUAUUUAUACAAAUAUUUUCUCAAGUAUAUACCAUGAUAACAUUAAAAUUGAAUAAGAGUAAAUGAUAAUAUAUAUAUUUAAGUAUGGGGUGCAUUUAUAAAAUUCUUAAAUACAAGGAAAAAAAGAACUAAUACUGAGGACAGGUGCGGUCAUUAAUGUAAGUGCGGUAAUUGGGAAAGUGGGAUACAUGCAGUUAUUUAAUUUAUACCUAUAACCAAUGAUAAAUCAUUGCUAACGAAAAACGAUUCAGAGCAAAGUUUGGUUAUAUAUGUUUUAAAAGGGCGUAAUAUUUAUAAUUUUCAUCAAGAUUUGAUUUUAAAACAAUUUUAAAAAUAAAAACUACAUUACAUUCAACUUUUUUUUAGAUUCUGAGUGGAGCAAAGAAGCUUAUACUUUUACAAAGAAGUUUAAUUAAUUUUUUUUUAACUGUGUGCAACUUUUCUACCAGAAGACUCGCUCAGAUUUUAUGUGUAGCACCUUUUCUAAUAGAAAAUCUGCGUGGGGAUAUACUUUAAGAAUGUUCUUAUUCUAUUUUCUCAUCAAAUGUGAAAAAUAAAAAACAAACUGGAAAAAUUACGAAAUAUAAUUUUACGACUUUUUUUUGUGGACAACUUUUCUAUCAGCAAUUUUGCUCUAACUUUAAAUGAUAGCAAAGUUAAUAAAAGGAAAUUUCAUUAGCGAGCUACUUACAAGAGGUCAUUUUUUGUUAUUCCCAAGAGUUUUCCCAGCAAAUGUGAAUAACCAGGAUAAAACAUGGGAAAACUUGGAAUGUCGGUACAACAUUAAACAAAUAUUAUUUAAGUAAAUGAAUAAAGCAUAUUUAAUUAUUUUACUAUAAAAUGACAUAUAUACUGUUGACAAAUUUAUCGUUAUUAACUGAACUGAGCUCAGAAUCGUUUUUUUGUAAGCAAUGGUUUAUUGUUGCCUAAAGGUAUACAUUAGCUGGAGCCAGCUGCACCUGGCUCCAUUAUCCUAGAACGUUUUUUUUUUUUGUGUACAACCAUUUAGUUGUUUAGUUGUUAAGUAAAAACAGUUUUAUUCAUAGCGUACCUACAAAUAAAAAUGUACACACAAAACAAGUAAAAUUUAAAUUUUUAUAAUAGCACAAAUAGAUCAAAUGUUUAUAAAAUGUUACCUCAUCUAGAAAAGGCAAAUAUAAGUUUUCUGUCAAUAUUUCAAAUCUACAAAUAUUGGGUUAAUAUAUUCUGUACUCUAUGACAGUGAUUCCCAAGCUUUUCCCACACAUUUACUAUAUUUUUGGGUAUGCAACUCACAUUAAAAAAAGCUGUUCUAGGAUAAUGGGGGUGCAGCCACUUUUGUAGGUAGGAAGUUGGGAAGGUAGGAUAAGAAAAGAAUUUAAUGUAUAUCUGUAAGUAAUGAUGAACCAUUGCUAAUGAAAAACGAUUCUGAGUGGAGUUCAGUUGAUAGUGAGGCUUUGUCAACAAUAUAUAUGUCAUUUGAUAUUAAAAUAAUUAAAUAAGUAUUAUAUAUUUUCUUUAAUAAUAUUUGUAUAAUAUUGUACCAAAUUUCUUAUUUUUCCCGGUUUAUCACAUUUGCUUGGAAAACUCUUGGAAAAAUCGAAAAAUUACCUUCCUAGUCGAAUUUCCUUUCAGAAAAAGUGCCUUUAUUGAAAAUUGAAGCAAAAUUGCUGGUAGAAAAUUUUUUUACAGGGAAAAAAGCCCAUAAUGUUUUUUAACAUAUACUUCCUACAUUUUCAGUUUUUCCUCAGUUGCUUAUUUUCUUAUUAUUCUCACUAAUAUAUUUUUUAUUUUUUCUAUUUUAUUAUAUUAUAAUCAAAAUAUUUUUCUUUCACCGCGACUCAACAAAAAUAUUUCACAACCCGUAGGUUGGGAAACACUGCUAUAAGGGUUUCUACUUAUUUUUUGGUGCUCAAUUAUUAAAAUAAAGUACAAAGAAAACAACGACUUUCGUGAUAACCAACUGGAUUAAAAAUUGAAUAAAAAAUAUCUUGUUUUUAUAUAGGAGCAAUAUUUCUGGUAAAAGCAGGAAAUGUAAAAGUUUAAAAUAUUAAAAUUGUUGCACCGUAAUUUAAAAAAAAUAAAAUCUUAUUUUUCGUCUUUCUUAAUUUUUUUUUUUUGCAAAUUAUUAGGAAAAAUAAUUUGGAUAUAAAAACGACUCUCGGUCAGUGGCUAUAUGUUAAAGAAACAAAAUCGAUCUCUUAUUAUUUUUCAAUUGGAGCAGUAAUUCUGGUAAAAAAAAUUAUUUGCGGAAAUCAAAAACAAUGUAAUAUGUAAUGCCGCACGUGAAUAUUUUCUGUUUUAUCUAUAAUUUUCUUUCGGGUUUUUCCAAAUUAUUUUAAAAACCUCUUAUAAAAUGAAAGUACUCUUUCUUGCACCAACUAGAUAAAGUUACCUUUCAGAAAAGGUGAUACACUUAAAACUUUAAAGUAAGUUUUCUGGUAGAGAGGUUGCUCAGAUACAAAAAUAAAAAAGAAAGUAAAAUAGUAAAAUCAAUAGAUUUCUUGUUACACUUCAAAUUUAAAAGAAUGAAAGAAAAUACCACAGUAGCACAUAAAGCCCUUAACAUGAGUUAAUAUAUGAGAGGGACUACUUAAAUAAAGGUGUAAAGUAGAUAGGCAUGUUAUCGUUUAUUAUUUUCUUACUUUAUUUUUAUGUUAUAUUGUUAUAUAUAAUAUAUAUAUGUGAGGAAAUAUUUUUUUAAAUAUUUUUCAUUAUAAGGCAAGUUUAAAUUUGUUUUAUAAGCAUGAUAUUAAAAAAAAUUCCCUUUAUCUAUGGGGUAAUUUAAUCUUACCUCAUUAAUUAUGAGUAUGUAUUAUUUAUUACAUUAAUAAUUUAGUAUUUUUGUAUUUAUUUAUAAUUAAUUAUUAGUAUUUUGAUAAAAAAAAAUAAAGCUAGGUUAAUAAUUAAGUAUCUAUAUUUAUAAUGAUUAACUAAAUAAUAGUGAAUAACUAUUAAUAUCUAAGUUGAUAAUUCUAAAAUUUUAAAAAUUAAGCUUAAAAUGAAACAUUCAGCAUUAAUAAAAAUAAUUAAAGUAUAUAACUAUAAAACGUUCUCUCCUUCAAAUUUGUUUGAAUUAUAUUUUUAGCAUCUCUUAUUAUAAUAAUAUAUUUAUAUGAAGAUAAAAUGUCUUUAAUUAUUUAUAUUACUCAUUUUAGAAAUAUACACGGUCUCAUGUACAAUGCAUUAAAAAUAUUUACCGAAACUAAUCCAGUUCUAUUUCAUACAUGCACUCAACAGUUUAAAGAAGAUAGGAAGACGUAAGUAAAUUUAAUUAUAAAUUAUUGGUAUUAUUUGUAAAACUAUUUUUAUUGAACUUAAAAGUAUUGUUUAUAAUUUUAGUGAAGUGGAGAAAUUAAAGAAACGAGAUGAAAAGUGGCAUCAUGUUGAAGAGCUAGCUAAAAAAAAUCCAAAUUUUACGGUAUCUAUUGACAGUAAUUUGUCAUACUAUACAGACUUUGUAAGAUCACCAAUUAAUGAUUUGGAUCCGACUAUUGAUUUAAAGAAUUUAGAAGAUGCUACUAAGUAUCAUAUUGAUUCUGAUGUAAUAAUAAUUCAUAAUUAAUAUUGCAAUAUUUUUAUGAUAAUUAUUACUAAUUUAUUUGAUUAUUUUUUUGUCUAUAGAACCGUAAAAAUCGAAAAGAAAAACCUUUAUUGAGACGUAAAUCUGAAUUACCACAUGACACAUACACAUUGAGGGCAUUAAAUGAUCAUAAGAGAGCUGAUGAGUUUUUAUCUACGCCACCUGAUGUUAAUAAGUGCUAGCCAAUUGUUCAAUGUUGUGUUGACCGUUUUAUUUCUACACUUUUAUAGUCUAAACAACUAUGGUAAAUUAAUUAUUUCUAUUAAUUAAUGUUAUUUAUUGAUGCCCAUAGUUUAAACUAAAUACCUAUCUAAAUUAAAGUUUUAUAGGAGAACCAAAAAUCAUUAAAUAUUUAUGAUUCAUACAACUAUAACACCAAAAAAAUUAAAUUAAAAUAAACAGAUAAUUUGAUAGUUCUUUUAUAUUAUUAUAAAAUAUUGAAAUGUAUAUUACAGGGAUGUUGCACUGAAAUUACUUUAUAUAUUUUUUAUGAUAACUUUAUACACAAUUUAUAUAAUUUACAAUUAUCUUCAUAAAAUAAUGUUUUUAGUGAAAUUGUAAAAUAUGUUAAUAGUUUUUAAAAAAAAUUUAAAUUGAUUUUGUUUACCUAAACCAGUAGUACUGAGCCUUUUUUUUUAAUCCCUGUACCAUCUACAUAUUUGAAAUAUGAUUACUUACAACUUAAUAAAAAAAAAAAAUACUUCAAAAUGCAUAUAUCAGUAAAGAAAAAGGUUUUAUUAAUAACUAAUUAUAAAAUAUAAUUAUAGUAUGUAUACAUGGUGAUUUUUUUUUAUCAUAAACCGGUAGUUAUCUCCGAGAAUUUUAAGUGAAUUUGAUUUCUGUUUUUUCUAAUUAUUAUGGAAUCUUUUAAUCUUUAUUCUAAAAUUAUUUUUAAUUUUUAAUCCUACUCCUUUUACCUUAAAUAAGUAUAUACUUUUGAUUUUUAAAUAGGAACUCCUUUUUAUAAACACAGAUUUGAAUAGAGAAUAUUUUUCUAGAAAUUUGAAUAUGCUUAUAACUAAAAACUGAAUUUAAUUGCAUAAAAAAUAAAAAUAAUUAGAUAAAUGUUACUUUUUUUAAUUAAAAUUAAUAAUAAGAUACAUUUUUAAAUUAUUUUCAUUAAAAUUAAAUCUUCUAUUACUUAAAAUAUGUUUGUACAAAGAAAAACUAAAGUAUACCCUAGUUAUUGGUGCAUAUUUAAAACAAUUUAAUAAAGUAUGCAUUAUAUCUAAAUUAACAUUUGUUUUACCUGACAUGACUUCAUAUUAAGACUUAAAAGUUGUAUACCUUUCUUUUUUUUCAAUUACAUACAUACAUUUUUUUAAAUUUUUUUCCCAUUUGGAUGAGGAAUAUUUGUUAAAAUAUCUUUAAUUUUUCUAAAAAUAUCUAUGCUUUUCAGUAGGUAACUAUUAGAUUCUUUCAAAUUUUUAAGAUUCAUGGAUAACUCUGAUAAGUUUAAUUUUAUGAAUGCUAAACCACAUUUGACUGCAUUAUUUUGUACAAGUUGUUCAGCUUUUCGACACGUGUAGCAUCAUCUGUUAAACUUUCAAUCACGUUCUUAAACUCUUCAAAAUGAUUAUUUGCAUAGAAAAGUGCAGCAUUUAACCAUGUUCCCCAUCUUGUAAUAAUAGGUUUGGGUGAUUAAGGUAUAUUCAGCAUUUCUCGUCUGUAUUUAUUUAUUUUCGAUGGUGCUUUUUAAAAACCUUUUUGUCCUGAAAUAAACAAAAUAAGUUACAUAUGUAUUUAAAUUUUAAAUAGGUACUUAUAUAUAUAUUACCAUUGUUAAUCAAUUUAUUAAUUUCGGGAUACAAUUCUCGAAUUUUCUCUUGAACUAUCUAACUGCGUGCGCUAUACAUGUAAUAUGAAUUCAUUUCGGGAAAAAUAUUUUUAACGUUUAUGCUGCUUUGAUCAUAUAAGUACCAGCAUUACUAAUACAAAAUAAUACUUUUUGUUCAAUACUAGGAAUUAUCUUUAACAAGGAAUUAAUAAACUGUCAAAUAGUUUCAUAAUUGAUGGAUUCUAGUUAUUUACAUUUAACAUGAUUUACUAAUUUACCAAUUAAUAAAUUUGUAAUAGUCAAACCUAAACGAAAAUAGUAUAUUUUAUUAUAUGAGAAAUUAAAAAAAUUAUUUAUACAAACCUUUUGGAUUGGUUGUUUCGUCAACAAUUAUGAAAAGUAAUUAUUUCCAAUAUCACUAAUUAUUUGGUCCAUAACGCUUUUAUAAAUAUUUGGUAUGUAAUUUUUUCCUUUAAGUUCUUUCGUCCAAAAUUGAUUUGCCAGUAUGUUUUUUCAAAAAUAAUUUUAACACAUGAUUGCCCAACUUAUACAAAAGAAUAUUUGCAGCAACAAAUGCAUUACUUAAAUCUUUAAAGAAUACAUUUUUAGUAUUCAAAUUUUGAGAAGUAAUCAAAAGCUGUUUUUUUCUUUAUUCCUUUGUAAUGCAUUUAUGUGUUGAACUAAAAAAAAUAUACAUGUAUUUUUGAAAUAAUAUGUAGGAUGAGCAAAAAUACAAAACUUACUUGUUUUGGAAUGAUGAUCUAAUAGAUAUUUUUUUCAGUAGAUUUAGAUUUAUUACAUAUGAGACAAUAUAUAAUCUUUCCUUCUGAUAAAAUACUUCUUUAUUUUCAUUGUAAGGAGCAAUCCAAUUCGAAAUUUUACUUUUUAUAGUUGAUUUUAUUUUAGGCAUUACGUUGAGUACGUUCACUGUGCGUUCAAACUGAUCAAAAAUUAGAUCAAAGACAAGUAAUCGCACAUGAAUCGCUGUACAACUAUGUUGAAUUUAUCACCAUAUAUAUAUAUAUAGACACUUAUUGCUCGCUGGGCUCUCCAAGCUUCUAGAAAAUUUCAGAUGAACGAUAAAUGCCUAUUAUAUAAAAACGUGGGAAAAUUGAAAAAAUUGCAUUAUAAAAUUAAAUAUGCAGAAUAUUAUUAGUAUGUAUCGGCUAUAUAUUUAAUCAGAUCUGAUUUAUCUUUAAUGCAAAAAAAAUUGCAAUAUCAAUUAAAUCCAGUCUUAAGUUAUAACAGUUUAAAGUUUAGAGGAAUAGGGAAAGGUAGGUAAUAGAUUGGCAAUUUAUUACACUAGUGGCCUAAUAUGUAUAUUAGGGUGGUCCUUAGUUUUGAAGAUUAUUUUUGAUGCUGGACCCCUUUAUUUUUAUGAUUAAAAUGUAAUAGUUAUUUGUGUGAAAUUUGGUCAUGAUAACUUACCCCUUCCCGUGCUCCAAGAGGGUUGAAUAAUUAGGAAAUAGGAAAGUUUUGUGGUUUUUCGUAAAUAAUUCAAUAACUAUAUCAAUGAUCAUAAAAUAAUAUGAAGCUGUUUGGUAACUCUUUUUAAUAUCUAUUUAAUUGUGAUUGUAAUACAAUUUACUGUAAAAUUUGUUUUUUGGGAUGUUUCCAAGAAAAAUAAUUCAGGUAUUGCAGAACUGAUUUUUAAGGUUAUUUAAUUAUAUUUGUCAAAUGGUUGAAUAUAUAAAAUGAUGUUUAGUAAAAAAAUGAUACAAAAUUUAAUUAAUUCAAAAAAUGUUAUUAAUAAAAACUUGAUAGUUUCAAUUAUUAAAAUUGUAUACUACUCGGUGUCGUCUGUGGGAAUUAUAUAUAAUUUGUUUUUAUUGUUAUCGCUUAAGGUAUUUGACAUAUAUUUAUAGAAAUAUUAGAUUUGAUCUGCCCAACUAGAUUGACAUUUUUAUAAAAUUUACAUUUAUUUUAAAAAAUUCACAUCAAUGUUUUAGAGAAGAAAGUACUAAAAAUAAAAAUCGGUCAGAAUUUUUUAAAUUUAAAUUUAAAUUCAAAUUUUGUUAUCGUUCAUUGAGAUGGAAAGCUAGUUCCUGAAUUGAGUUGUCAGGGAGAACUUGAUUGUUUAUCGAUAAUUUUAACUACUACUAAUCUAGAACAACUUAUUGGCAUUCCACAAAUUCCAUCUUGAGUAGAUUUUGAAAUGAUAUUUACCGUAUUCAAUACACUUGAAUAAUGGUUUCUACAUGAAAAAGUUCAAAGAUUUGUGUUUGAUGUAACGCCCUCGAAUACAGGUAGACUCAAUAAAACCUGUACUCUGCUGGAACAACAACUAGAAAGAGAAAUUCUUUACUUAUUCAAGUUUUGAUUGUUGAAACAAAAUUCUAUGUGUCAUCCAAACCAAGUAUUGCUAUUUUUAAACGUUUUAAGAAUGCAUUGAAAACCAUAAACACGAAAAAUAUAUCUGUAUACGACUUGAAUGAAAAAUUAAAAAAUAUUUUGUCUUCAGUACGCCAAGAAAUGUUGUCAUUUUGUUCGAAAAUGAUUACAGAGAUGCAACCCAGAGAAGACUGUAAAGAAUUUUUGGAACUUGUGAAACACCACCUGGUGGGAUAAAAAUUAAAAAUCUGAUAGGUUGGUGUGUAUCAUACAGCAAGAUCAAUGGUCAAAGGGAUUUAUUGUUUGAAAAUAUUUUUAGAUUAUUGAUAGAUAAGAUUGGAUAAGAUUGGAUAGAUAAGAUUUAGAUAAGAUUGGAAUUCAACGUGACAGUGACAGAAAAAAAUGCGUAUAGCAAAAUUUGAACUUUUAUUAUUAAAAUUUAUAUAGUUAUAUACGGUAACAAAUUUUAGCAAGGAACCUUUGAAUGGUUUAAAUUUAAUAUGUGCAUUGCAUGAAUAUACGAUUGAGGAUAAGCAGUUAGCUCUUUUUUCACAUACCACUAGUUUUCCAUAUUAUAUUGCUACUGGUUGAAGAAUCAUUGGCAAAAACUAUUAUCAUUAGAAAUUUAAUAUUUAAACAAUUUAUUGUUAAUCAAAAUUUUUAAUGAAUUAAUUGUUAUUAUACCUCACUAUAAUUAUUAUUAUAUUUGUUGGUAUUUUAUUAUACAUAUAUAUUAAAUAAUAAACAAAAAAAUUAAUGUUAACAUUGAUUAUAGAAUAUAUUAUUCUAUAAUUAAUAAUUUUAUGUAAGUGAUUUGUUGAAAUCUAUUAUGCCCCCUUCAAGUCCCACUAAUAUAACAAACAUAUUUGGUGAUCACAUAUAAAUUUAAAAUGUUUCCAUUAUUCUGUUUGAAAAUUUUUAUAAUUAUAAACAUGACUGUAUCCAUCAUUUUUUUUUAGGAGUUUUCAUGUUAACAAUGACUACAUAAUAAAAAAUGUUGUGACUAGUUAAUACACAAAACAAUAUUUUUGAAGAUAUUUGGGGGGGGUGGGGUUGCUCUCUCUGAAUUUGGCUAUAAUAGUGUAUGAACCUUUUUGAUAUUUAUUUGAACUUAAAACCUUAUCAAAAAAAUUAUUUGUUUUUUCAAUUUUUUAAUAUAUUUUUUUUUUCCACAGGAUUACUCAAAAUAAAUUAUAAUGGUUAUUCAUCUCACUAGGGGUCAUAUGUUAAGUUUAUUUUUGUUAGGAUUAACAUGUUAUAAGUAGUUCAACCAUUUUUACAUAUGUGAAUGAAGAAAAUCUAGUGAAACAAACACACUUUAAUCUACUUUGGUUGUGUUAUUUAUUUAUAAAAUAAACAUAAGAUGUGUCAUUUAUAUUUUAUUUAUUUUACCACAGUAUAAUAGUUUUAUUUUUGUCUUUUUAAGAGUAUAAAUUUUAAAAUGUCUCUUAACAAAAAACACAAAUUUCAGUGAGAUUAUUACAUUCAAAAAUAAAUUCCGGAAUGUUUUUGAAUAUUCCCUAAAGGGUUAAUUAUUUUAUUAUUUUUAUUCCUUUUUUAACUUAUAUUUUUUUAAUACAGAUGUAAUGAAAUUUAUUUUGUAUAUAUAAAACAAUAUGGUAACAUUUUAUUUGUAUAAUACGUUUUUAGUGUUCAAAAAAUAUUUUAAAUAGUGUUAUAAAUUUUAAUUAUUAAUUUUAUAAUAUGAUUACCAAAAAUACAAAUUUCUAAACAGCUACAAAAAAAAAAUAUUGCCAUAAAUAAAAAGUUAGGUGUAAUAUUAUGUGAACAUAUAAUAAAUCUGAUAUAAAACAUUUGCAUGGAUUGUGUAUUAUUUAUGCAUGGUAUAAAUUAAAUACAUACACAUGUACAAUAGUAAUUGAUGAAUUUAUGUAUCUCUCCGAAAGUGUUAAGUAUUUUUUCUGAUGUCAUGAAUUUUUGUCAUAUUUGAAUGUAUACUCCUUUUAAGGGUAGACCCGUCAACAGGGAUGAAUUAUUGUUUUUAAACCUCAUUAUAAAAUGUUAUAUCUACGUAUUGUUAUAUAUUUAACUAAAAUAUUUAUGUAAAAGUAAAACAAAACUACAAUUAUGAAGUAAUAUGGAAUAUAUAUAAUUAUUAUAUAAUAAUUAUAUAUAAUUAUACAAAUUAAAAAUUAUCAUUUAUUUUAGGCUUACGCCUGAUAUCAAUGUAUUAUGAUAUAUUUUUUUUUAACAUAUAAUUGUCCAUACAAAUCAAAUUUUUUGAAAUACUAUGUAUAGUGUUGAUAAGCUUAUUCAAAAUUUUAUAUAUAUAUAUAUAUAUUAUAAUAUAUUAUAUGCAAAUGCAAAGUAUUAUAUAAUAUAUAUGUUUGUGUGUAAACUGUAAAUGUAUUGAACAAUUUAUUUAUUUCAAUUUGAUAACAAAAUAUAUAUGGUAUAGUUUCAAGUGUUUGUUAUUAUUUGUCAUUUAGUAAGUGAUUUAUAAAUUGUUUGUAUUUUUGUGGUCACAAUUUUUCACAAUAAAUAUAAAUUAAAGAAUUUAUAGUGAUAUUUUUUAAACCUUACUAGAAAAAGAUUUUGUCAUAACAGUCAGUAGGUAUACCUUAAAUGUAAGCAUUUAAUAUCCAAAAAAUGGAUUAUAAGUUAUAACAUUUUAUUAAAAUGUUAACAAUCUUUCAAUUUAUUUUUUAUUUUUCAUUCAAGUUCUGGUCAAAAGCAUGUAAAUCAGAAAUAUACUUAAUAUGAAUUAAGUUAUGUUGUAACUUAUGAAAAUCAAUAACAAAUAUAAAACGUGAUGAUCAAAAAUAAAAUAAAAAUAUUUAUACAAUUAUUGAAAUAUUAAUAAAAAUUAGAAUUGUAAAACAAAAUUGUGUAAAAUUAUCAAACAUUUCUAUUUAGCCCAAAUAAUAAAAAGAGCUGAUACUAGGAAUGGGAGCGACCACUGUUAUAGGAGAGAAAUUGGGAAGAUAGGAUACAUAAGGUUAUUUCAUUUAUAUCUGUAAGCAAUGAUAAACCAUUGCUUGAUGAAAGACGAUUCCAAGCGCAGUUCGGUAAUACAUAGUUUGAAAUAUCGUAAUUUUCGUUUAAAUUUGAUUUCAAAACGUUUAUUAAAAAAAAAAGUCGUCCCAUGAUUUUGGAAAUUUUACCACGUCUAGGUAAGUCCAAUAUAACUAUUAUUACCAAGUUUUAAGUCUCUACGUGUAUUUAUAACCGAAUUAUAGCAAAAAAUUCCCUUAAAUUAAAAUUCCUUAAAAGUUCAAAAGUUUUGGCGAUGAUACCAUUAGAAAGUAAAUCAAAAAGGUGUCUUGUGAUUUUUCAAUUAAAUCAUUUUUUCUGGUAGAAAACGUCCGUGAUUUUAUAAAAUAACGAAAUCGUGAAAUUGUACGUUUUCCUACGUUUUUUCACAUUUAAGUGCUUUCAAUUAAAAAAUGGCGUCAAAAAUCAACAAAAAUGACUUAUUUAAAGUACAAUUUAGACAACUUUAACUUUCAGAAAAAUUGCUACACGUAAAAAUCGGAGCAAGUUUACUAGGAAAAAACGUGUCCACAGACUAGAACAAAGAAAAAAAUAAACAUCGUAAAACCACAAGCUCCCUCGCUACUUAAAAUUACUACGGAAUUAAAAAUAAAUGAAAAUUUCAAGUGCCUAUAAAUAGCUUAAAAGCAGCCAUAAUAAUUUCAAAAUUGUAUACAUCUAAAAAGAUUAAUACAAGUAUUCGGUGAAAAUAUUGGGUUUCUAUAAUAAUUUUUAAACAAAAUCAUCAUCAAAAAUAAUAAAACUUAUUUUCGUAAAGUUGUCUCCACUCACAUGGACAAAAUGACACAUGGACUCUAGACCGAUUGAAACAAUGUAGAUUGUAAUAAACAUAAAACAAUUUAACCUUUUUCAGACCAACUUCGCAUAGCUGUAAUACUAUCAUACAUCAUACUAUCUGUAUUACAUGGUUUCGAUCGUGUGCAGUUUAUAUGUGGGUAUAGUUAAUCGCGUGGGAUAUUAUGUGGUAUAAUUUACAAUGUGUUUUUAAAAUUCUUUUAGUCCCCAUGUGCAUACAUUUUAGAUUCUGAGUUGAGCGAGAAAUGUAUUGGUUUUACAAUGAUGUUUAUUUAUGUAUUUUUAUUUUCUGUAAACAACUUCUACCAGCAAUUUUGCUCCGAUUUACAAUUAUAGCAAUUUUUCUAAAAGAAAAUCUGACUGGGAUGGUUCGUUAGGGAGGCCAUUUUUUGAUUUUCCCAGCUGUUUCCAUAAUAAAAAGGAAAAACCGGGAAAAUAGAUGCAAUAUUAAACAAUUAUUAUUACAGAAAAUAUAUAAUGGUAUGUAAUUAUUUUACCAUAAUGUGACAUAUAUUUUGUUGACAAAGUAAAGCUAUGCUCAGAAUCGUUUUUCAUUUGUAAUGGUUAAUCGUUGCAUACUUAUAUAGAUACAUUAAAUAUUUAAAUUUCCUCUUUACCUUCCUAACUUCUCAUCAACAACACCCACCUACGUUUGAAGUCCUAGUUUUGGUAUGUCCGUCUUCUUUCUAUUUGUUAAUUCUUCUUUUGGCUUUUACCAACCAACACAAUAUCGCGCCACCUAUUCCCUUCGAGCACAAUUUCUCUCCACGCGUCUAUUCCCAUAUUCCGUAAGGUCCUCUUCGACUACAUCGAUUCACCUCUUCCUAAGUCUUCCUCCAGGUCUCUUUUCCUGAGGUUUCCAUUAUAGUAUAAAUCUAAUUGUAUCGCUUUCCUCUCUUCUCUAAUGUGUUCAAGCCAUUGUAUUUUCCGUCCUUUGAUAGAUCUGAUCACCGGUGCCACAUUAAUCACACUAUACAGUUUCUUGUACCUUCUCCAACUAUUUAUUACUUCAUCAUAGACUGAGCCGCAUUUUUUUCUCCGGAUUUUGUUUUCAAUCAUCCUCAAUCUUCUCUCAGUUUGUUUAGUCAUCGUCCACGCUUCGCAACCAUACGUGAGAGUUGGUCUUACUAUCGCUACGUUUAAUCUUACUUUGGUUUUUCCAGAAAGAAAUUUUUACCUAAACAAUUUUGUUAACAUGAAAAAUGUUUUUCUGCCUUAUUUAUUCGAAUACCUAUCUCCUUGGACCAAUCAUUUUUCGUAUUCAGAGUUGUACCUAGGUAGGUACUUAAAAUCUUUGACUUUUUCAUAUAUUGACUCUUCCAUAUCUCAGGGGUCUUCAUCGCUUUCGAGAAAUUUCAUUAUUUUGAUUUUAUCGUCAUUAAUGUACAAUCUUGAUUUUUUCACCUCAUUCUUAAGUUUUUGGAUGCGUUCGCUACGUUCUCUAAGGAUUCACCUAGAAUAUCCAAGUCAUCUGCAAAGCCUAGAACCCGUAUUCUGUUAUUAUUAUUUCGUGAUUAUAGUUUAUCGGUUUGAAAUUAAAAAUGUAAAUAUGAUGUCAACUAUAAAAUACCUAUACUAAAUACCAAUUUUCUAUAGAGGUAUUUUAAAAUAAAUGAUCAUUUUUUCGAAAAUUAGUCGAAAAUAGAAAACAAAUAGCUUUGUGUCACAACUCCAGUAUCAUAACUCGAUCUAGUACCUUCGUCCUAUUUACUCUAGAUGGAAUCCUUAGUCGAAGUUCGCCAAAGUCCUUUGGGGAACCUAUUGGUUUCUGUGAAAAAGAACACUUUUGAAAUACAUUAGGAAACCGCCUAAAAAUCGGGAUGAAUGGCAACUCUAAUUUAUCGCCGAUUAAAAUUAGUAUCUUAUAUCAUAUCUUGUUCAAUGAGGAUAACCAACUAAUUAUUUAGGAUCGCCAAAAAUACAAAAUAUUGGGUCCCCGUGUAUAAAAUAUUUAUUUAAUGAAUCGUAACAGUAAAAAGGUUGAGAAACACUGGUGUACACGAUAAUGUUGAUGGUAAUAAUAUACAUGAAUCAUUACAAUCAGGUAUAUGAUUAGUAAAUUAUGAAGGUAUGAAGGUAAAUGAUUCAUGUACAAUGAAUGUUAACAAGGGCUGGGAUUUCAGUGCAUUUUGCAUUUUUUCCCUAAAGAUUGUGAUCCCGUGUGGUGUUCGCGUAUAGUCACAAAUUCGUUUCAUGAAUUUUUGAAUAAAGUUAAUUAAAGUUGAAUUAAAGUUUGUUUUGCAUUUUUGGUAAAAUUACGGUGUCAGUCAUUUUCUUAAUUAUUAGAGCAUUUUAGGGUUUUAGGGGGUAUUUUGGAUCCAAAAUUAGCUAACAUAAUUUGUACAUAAAUAUAACAUACUCGUAUUUUGUAGUACAGUGUAAUAUACAUAUUAUUGGACAACAGUAACAGCAAAAUCUGAGAUAUAUCAAAAUAACUAGAGUUAAAUAGAUAAGGCAAAACCAACGUGUUAUUAUCAGAAUCAUCAGAUUUCCUGUUAAAAUAAACCGGUAGAGCAGUUAAACCGACUAUAUCGUUCUAGUGGGUAUGAGUUUUGUUGUCGUGAAUUGAAUUUAUAACAUUAUAAUUUGUAUCAAAAUUAUCAAAAAUAAACACGUUUUUAGUGCAUUACAUGGAAUUUUUAGGGUUUUACAAGGAUAUUACAUUCCCAGCCUUAACGAUGGCUAACGAGGGUUUUUGUAUAUAUUUUUUUUUUUUUUUUUCGAAUGCAAUCAGCAUCAAAAAAUAAUAACGUAAUCUGUUUUUAAUAAUAUAAUAUUAUAUUAGACAAAUAACGAAAACCACAUAUCACAACGGUAAUGAAAAUAGCACAUUAAACGAACUAUAGCGCAAGGGCACAAAUUUGUCCGUCACGACGGGACGGGCCGUACUACAGUGUUGUUGACGAUGGUGUCACGGCCACGCGAACAGUAAAUAUCACCCGUUCGUCUUCUGACGCCCUCGUCCGGGCAAGACCCGUCCACGUCGCCCGCGCGUGUUUGUGCUCCGGCCGUCGCACGGCACUGGCACGGCGGCCCCGCACGCCGGGCGAAAGUCGUCGUUUUCGACGGGACGUUGUAACUGUCUGAUUCUAGUGCUGACGCCCAGGCACCCGAUGUCGCCAGCGAAGAAGUCGGCAAAGUUGCUCUCCACGUACCACGGGUAACCGAGUAGCCCCGCGGUCACCAUGAACGGUACCCUGGACUUUUGGCUGCGUAGCACGUACCUGUAUAGCGUAACGAUAACCGUUGGCGAUUACAUGCUCGGGAUGAUGUCUGCCGCGCAGUCGUCAUUUCGAUAAUGAUAUUACUCAGAGCUGUGUGUGUGUAUGUUGUUGUCGUUUGCAGACGACAUUGAACUAUACAUAAUAUUUACGAUUGAGCGCACGUGCGUGUAUGUUUUAAAUUCGGACCAUCGGUUUUACUACUGUGUUUUGUUUUUUAUUUUUUCGGUCUGUGUGACAGCUUUUCUACCGGAAAACUUUCACCGCAACGUAGGCUGUAGCACCUUUUCUGAUAGGUAAUUCUCUCUAGUCGGUGUACCGAGGAGGUAAUUUUUCGAUUUAUCAAGGGGUUCUCGAAAUAAUCGAAAAAAACCGCAAAGAAAAUUAUUGGUAAAACGGUAAAUUUUUACGGCCCGCGCCGCAGCGCCGCGGAGUUUUCAUUGUUCUUAUUAUGUUAACACGGCGUUUUAUACCAGAAAUAUUGCUCCGAUCCAAAACUGACAUGAGAUCGAUUUUGUUCCUUAUAAUAUUUCGCCGUUGACGGUGAAAGUUGCUUUUUGAUAUCUAAACUAUUAUCUAAUUAUCGGGAAAAACCAAAAGAGACGAAAUUACGAUUACGAAAUAGAAACGAAACAAAAACGAUAGUGGAACGGACUACACUGAUAAUCGAAGAGCGGGCGAACAAUUGUAGAUUGAAAUCAGUAGCGCGAGCAGAAUUUUUUUUUCGGAAGGGGUUUUUGCUUAUAACAAUUUCCUAGAGAGGAGAUGGCAUAUAUUACAGUACAGUACUAUCACUAUUGUUAUUGAAUAAAUGAUUUUCGAAGAAAUUAAAUUAUAUUUUAUUCUGUGAUAAAAGCACACGACAUUUAUUCGUGUGUCGUUGACUGUAACACUUGAUUUAAAAAAGGACUGACAUACUUCACGCGUGGGCGCAACCACUGUUGUAGGUGGGAAGUUUGGAUACAGGUAGGAUACAGACGGUAAUUUAAUGUAUAUCUGUAAGCAACGAUAAACCAUUGCUAACGAAAAAAACGAUUCUGAGCGGAGUUCAGUUGAUAGUGUUGCUUUGUCAACAAUACAAUAUAGUAUGUAGUAUAUCUGUCAUACGUCACACGGUAAAAUAUUUUCAUAAAAAAAAUAAUUAAUUUUCAUGUCUUGUGUAAAGACAUACUGAAAAAUCAAAAAAAAAAAAAAAAAAAAAAAUACUGUAGCAAAAAUAGUCUUGCUGCAUAUAGAGCGAAUGGUUCGCCGCAGUCCGGCGCGUCGCAGCGUCAGUCGCACACAAUGGAAUCCGUACUCGAGCCGUGGGGCCGAAAAAUCGACAGUGCGGCUGAAAUUUAAAUCGCGCCGCGCUGCGUCGCGUCUGCAGACACGUGUGUACAGGAAUCGCACCUUGAGGGUUCGUGAUUAUUUAUUAACCGUCACUGCGUCAGUUGAUUUUACAAUUACAACAGAACAGCGUCGUAAGACGUUUCUUAUCGGUUAAAAAUUAAAGACACUUCGGGGGUCUCGUUAUCGCACCUCGUUGUGUAACCAGUAUAUCUUUAAUCGUGGUGUUACUGCAGACGGUGGGAGAACUAUGAGUGGAAUUAAUAGAGGAUUAAUUGGAGAAUAAAUGUAAAAAUUGGCGGAAGAAAGAUGUGUGAAGUACCUAUGAUAUUUCAUCGCGUCAUACGUCAACAGGCAUUGUGUUGCAAAGUUUUAGCAUGGGAUGAUUUUAAUGAAUAUUGUGGUGUCGACAGUUAACUACAUACGUAAAUAUGCUUCAGCACAUCGUCAGUUUAAAAUGUUUUUUGGUUAUGCUGAAUGUGAGGAUAUAAUAUAUUUUUCCGAAAUAAAGUGGUUGAGUAGAGGUGUAGUUUUGAAACGGUUUUAAUUUUACGAAAUGAAAUAAAUAUUUUAUGUCAGAAAAGUUUAAAAAUAUGUACCAGAAUUAUCAAAUGAAAAGUGGGUUCAUAAUCUUGAAUUUUUAACUGAUGUAACAACAUUACUGAAUACGAAACUGCAAGGUAAAGACAAAUUGCUGUCAGAUAUGUAUUCAGAUAUAAAAUCAUUUCAAGUGAAAUUAAAAUUAUUGCACAGACAUAUUAAUGAACAGCGAUUGGAUCAUUUCGUAUGUUGUACAAUUAUAUUAGAAUCAUCCAAAUUAACUUUAUAUUGGGAAACUAUACAAAUUUAUGUACAAGAGAAAAAAAACAAGUUGAUUCAAAAUCCUUUUUCUGUUGAAAUUAACGAUGUUGAAUCUAAUUUACAGAUGAAAGUCGUUUAAUUGCAAAACAACGAUGUUCUUAAAACUGCUUUUAAAGAACGUAAUGGCCUAAAAAUAUUUUAUUCAAGUCUUUCUAAAAUAGAAAUGAAAAGCUGUUACAAAAUAUAGCCCUCGUAAGUAAAAAUGUUGCCGACCUGUAGCCUAGAUCAUAGGUAAACAGUGCACGAGGCACGGGGGCUAUGGCCAACCCUCUCCUCCAAUUGACGGUAUUAUAUAUUUGGUUUUAAGAUUUAUGUAAGUAGUAUUAUAGACGUGGUGCGCACGUACCGGAUACAGCGACUUAAAGACGGAGGGGGAAUCGGGUGCAAAAUCCCUCCCUCCCCCUGGUCUUUAUUUUAGAUUCAGAGUGGAACGAAGAAUGCAUUCACAAAGAUAUAUUUUUUUUUUAUGUGAACACUUUUUCUACCAGGGACCCUAUUCUCAAACUCAUACGAAUAGGAUCCGUUUACGAACUAUUCACAUACAAUAUUUCCAUGAACGAAUGGAAAAUUGUAUUCUCGAACUGAUUUGUUCAAACUAUCGUUUGUAGGAGAAUGAUAAACCAUGAACAGCGGCAAUGUCGAAAAAUAUUUGAUUUGCCAUGGAAAAAAAAGUUCAAUGUGAUAAUUUGAUGUAUACAUUGACGCGCUUAAUUAUUUAUAUACCUAUUUCAUUUGAGUAAUAUUAUUGUAAUUGUUAUAGUACACAUUAUUAUAUUUGUUUCCUAUUUAUCAUAAUUCAUAAUAUUUUCUUUCCGCUAAUAUUCAAAUUGAAUUAUAGUGUACAGUUAGGUACACUUUAUUAUUUACUAGAAAAUGUUGGAAAAACGAAAAAAAUAUCAAUCGAUAACGAAUGAACAAAAGUCGGCAAUGGUUGAAUUUUUAAAAAGUCAUCCAGUUUACACAAAGGCAUUUACUCAGCUACAUUUACUCAAGCUAAUAGUAUGCAAAAAUAGCAAGGAUUAAAUGAUAUACUUAAUUGUAUACCGGGUCCAAUAAAAAACUAGAAAGCUUACCGCAGAGUUAAUAGAUUGUAUAAUAAUUAUUAUUGUUUACACCACGUGACAGAUAUCGGCCAUAUUACAUUAUCUUUUCUAUGAACGUAUUGUACGGUAAAAAUCUAAUAAAUGAUUAUUAAUAUCAGUAUAAACUGGAUCUGUAUACGGAAAACUAUAUCCACCUGCCUGCCCUAACAGAAACUAUAGUGUGAAUGUUUUUCACAUAACAUAACUGAUUCAUAUAUGGAUAGGUUUUGAGAACACGACUUUUUCUUAUCAUGUGAAAAUGACAAUUUCUGUAAACGGAUCCUGUUCGUAUGAGUUUGAAAAUAGCGGCCCAGAUAGCUUACUGAAACGCAUACUCGAUGUAGAUCCUUUUCUGAAAGAAAAUUUUCUUGGGGUAGUGCUAUAAGUAGUUCAUUUUUCGAUUUUCUCAGGAGUUUUGUUAUCGAAUGUGAGAAAUCGAAAAAAUAUGGUGAAAAACGGGAAAAUAUACGAAAUAUAUAAGUAGAAUAUUAUGAUUUAUUUUAUUCUGUGGAAAAUUUUUCUACCAGCAAUUUUGUUCCGAUUCACAAUGAUAGCACUUUUUCUAAAAGGAAAUCUUACUGGGGUAAGGUACUUUAAAGAUUUCAUCUAUUGAUAUCCUCAGGAGUUUUCUCAGCAAAUGUGAAAAUCCGAAAAAAAACGUAGGAAAACCAGGAAAAACGAGAAAAUCUAAUCAAUUUAAACAAAUAUUAUUAAAGAAAAUAUAUAAUAUAUAAUACAUAAUUAAAUAGGCAUAUUUAAUUAUUUUACCAUAAUACGACACAUGUAUUGUUGACAAAGUAUCACUAUCAACUGAACUCCGUCCAGAAUCAUUUUUUCGUGAGCAAUGAUUUAUCCUUUCCAACUUUCUACUUAAAACAGUGGCUGCACCCGUCUCCGUUAUCCUAGGAUAGCUUUUUUUUUUUUUUUUAUUUAAGUAUUAUUUACAUUGCCCGUCGUAAUAUGUGUACUACUACUACACCCGCAAACAAUCGUUUUCUUGUUUAAAGAGAAAAAACGUUUAUAAACGUAAGACAAUAUUAUUAUUAUUAGGACUGUGAAUUUGUAGGAAAAUGCAUUUUUUUGAUUAUUGUGAAAUGUAGCUUUCUAAGUACAUAAUUUGAAUUAUGUACUAACAAAUUCAUUUAUGAAACUUUUAUUUUGCAUUUUUUGGACUUUUUAAAUCAUAUUUUCCUUUAUUAGUUCAUUUUCCAGUAUUUUUAAUCAAAUCCCGUCAAUUGUCAUCUUUAUACACGUAUUUUUUGUUUUACAUAGGCUAUAUAAUGUGAAUAAACGUCAAAUUUAUAUUUUAUAAAAUAUUAUAUCACACAAGCAGAUUCGAUAAAAUAAGGCAAUAUUGCUUAGAUUAGUGAUUUGUGGGCUUGCGAUAUAUCAAUAUUAGUAAUAUCAGUAAUAUCAAAAUAGACAUAAAAAUUAAAUUAAAAACAAUUUUAAGUGCAUUUUAUGUUGCAUUCUUUGAGACUUUAAAUGUAAAUUUUGUUGCACUUUUUUCAUUUUUUUGAGUUUGAUUAGUUAAUGUUUAACGUCAUAUUUUAAGGUUUACCACUGCAUUUCAUUCACAGUCUUAAUUAUUAUGUUUCGAGAUGGCCUUUUAAUUCUAAAACCCGCGCUUCUCUCCCGAAAACAAGCCUUCAUGACCCCCUACCAGCCCGUCUGUAGAAUUUAAAAAAAAACCGUCCGUCUCCUCUCAAGUUCCAAGACCUAGUCCAAAUCAUGCCACUGACCGGAUAAACCCGGUUCGGCACCCGAGUGGUAGCAGCGAGUAGUAGGGGAAGGACACAGGGGUACGUGCCCCCCCUGUCAAUGGACUACAGUUUUUAUUUAUAUAUUUUAUAUUAAUUUAAUAUAUAAUUUAUACUAAAUUGAUUGAAAAUAUAAAUAAUAAGCCCCCCCCUUUGAGAAAAUUUUGGAUCCGCCACUGUCAACGAGGUUUGAGCUUGAACUCGUAUAUUUAUCAAUAUUAGUUGCCGUUGUCGCGGUGGUGUUUAUCGAACCGUGUGUUUAGACGUGUAAGACAUUUCGUUUACGUAAACUUUUAUAGUAUGUAUGUAUAUACAUACUAUACAGGUGCUGAUAAAUUUUCGAUAAGACAAUCAUUAUCUAAAAAAAAGAUUAAAAUUUUCGAGUUUGAGCUCUUUUGGUCCAGAGGGAGCCGCCAAAAGUUUCCUAAAGUAGCGGGAAAAAGAUUAUAAAUUAUUUAACUGACGCAAUUCACAGAGUGCAAUUCAGUUUCUAUUUUCGGGAAUAAUUUGACAAAAUUGUCCGGAUUCCCAAUAGUUUUUCUAUGCAGUUUAUAAGAGACCAACUAAAAAGUCAUUAAUUAAUUAAGACACAUUAAUUUUAUUUUUGUUGAGUAUUGGGUUUUUUCAUUUUUAAUAAUUUGUCAUUGCGUAAACUAACGUAGUUAUCCUGAAUGUCUUGUUUAAUCCCGACUACCCACCUACAACAGUGGCAUACCCGUGAGUAGUAUUAACUAUUGUCUAUUUCGUCUUCAUAGUUUUCUUAAAUUUAAACAAUAGUUAACAGGUUAGUGAAAAUCAUGUUACGUAAAUCGCGUUUAUAUCGGUCAUUACUCGCGUUUAAAACGCGAGUAAUUCGACCAUUAUUGAUAAAAUACAUCAGCCUCGUCGUAUACACACGGCUAACGAUAUCCAUUGCAAAUGACGAAUACACAUAUAACUCGUCAUCAGAACGGAAUAAGACGGCUGUUCUUUUUUCAAUUGAAAAAUUUGUCCCGGGUCUAACACGGGUUUUUAGAGGAGAAAACAAUUCCAACAUACCGAACGUCGGCUUACAUUUAAUAUCGGGAGGAAAGAUGUUUUUCCUAUAAAUGAAAAAAAUAAGACUGGCCAUUUACCAGGGCGUUUUAAGACCGCCGAUUAAAGUGAAUUCAAUUGUGUGUUCAGCGAGCGAACGCCGCGCGCCUACGGGGACUGACGGUAAUGUUUCGCAUUUCGCCGCCGUACCGACGCGGCCUAUAUUUUAUUUGGCGCGUUCUGCACGCGGGUCGACGGGCGAUGAUAUUAUUUACCUAAAAUUUUCGGCGCGCAACGGCGUGUUCACGUCCCAACUCAGUACGUCUCCGUUGUCGCCGGUCCGGAAGUAGAUGACCGACCCGCGGUCGGUGCCCAGCACAAUCAUCUUGCUCGGUUUCCGACCGGUGAUCACGGUCGCCAGACUUACCGUGGUCUCGUCCAUGGCGUGCACCGGCACGUACAUCAUGUUGCACGACAUCCCAUACGUGACGUAAAGCCGCAGUUGGCGGACCGGGCCGCCGCCCGCGGCCUCGUCCGUUACGUCCACGCGGGCCAUCGCCAUGUACAUCAUGCCCCGGCGUCCGCAUUGGCCCGCGGGCACGUACACUUUGAACGAACGGUCGCAGCACACGUUGUACACUAUCACGUUCCCCGUGCCGGCGUCGGACACGUACACGAACAUCCCGGCGCCCGUGCUCUGAUCCACCAGGAUCGACUGCAACACGCUGGCCCGCGUCGUAGCACGCGACAGAUCGAUUGCCCGUACGAUCUGUGUGCCCAAGAUACAUUGCGCCACGCACGCGCAGAAUAAUAAUUUACAACAAUGCACAGUGCACUUUUAAUUUCGGUUUUGUUUUGUUUGCUUAUUAGCAUACGUUUAACAUGGAUCGCGGAUCGAUGUAAAAUUACAAUCGAGUGUAAAAUAAUCGACCCGACGAUCGGAAAGUCUUUCGGACGGUUUAAACAAUUUGUACACCGUUUAAGAAAAUAGCCGAGUUCGGUUUUUUCGCUAUAGCUAAUAGACGAAGAACGGAGGGAUAAAGUGAUUUCCCGUUUGCGUUGCGAAACGAUUUUCGUUUUGGAAUUUUCGACUUACGCGCGCGAGAAAAAACAAAAGAAAUUACCUAUGGAAUAAAACAACGUUCAGCUUGUUGACCGGGUCACAGGCGCGUUUAGACUUUCACGGUCGGCGUGGCGGGCGCCGAUAUUUGUCGGGGAACCCCACUAAUAGAGGAACGAGAAGAGCAAUUAUUACGGCACUUGAAUAUUUCAUAAACUUAAAAUUACAUUAUUUCUCGACUAUUGUUACGCGCAAGUGUAAUAUCGAAUAAUACGCGUCACGUGGUUUUCGGAACACCGUUACCGCGUUAGAUAUCCUCGGUGCGGUAGGCGCCGGUGUGGUACACGUUCGUUGAAUAUCAAUGUAUUAUACCAGUAUCGGUUAAUGCCCGCUAUAAAAUUAAGAAAACGAAAACCGAUAAAAUCGCAUUGAUAUUAUUUCAAUAACGAUUAAUACGGUAUUCCGGAUAUAAUUGAACGUUAAACUACGUGCGGGGUAAACGUAUUAUUUUCGACGGUCCGGGAAAAACUGCAAACAGUAAUAAUACGAAUGUAAUCAAUGGAACGCGUCGUUUACUUUAUGCCCGUCAAGUUGGCACCGGCACGCUAUGACUAGUAUCGAUAUUUCGCUGAGAAUUCGCUGGAUUACGCCAGGGCCUUUUUGAAUUUCGCUAUGGCCCGCAAACUUCGAAAAUCCACAAACGAACGUGCUGGUGCUAUUUUUGUGGCUGCACCGGCACAAUGUUUGAUUCAAGAAAGAAUUUUGCCAAUAUAUUCAGCCGAAUUUGCUAGAUUUUGCCUGGGUAUUUUUCGAUAUUACUAGGACCUCUGUCGCUUUCGGGAGAGGUUUAAAAUUUGACUUCAACAUCGGCAUAUUGUCCGUUUUCAAAAAAAAAAAAAAAAAAACGAUGCCAAUAUAAUAUUUCGGAGAUACCUGGUUAUUGCGCUGAGCCCGUAGAGUAAUAUUAUCCUCUAUGGCCGAACCAUUGAACAAACUAUAUUUGGAACGUGAUGUGUUAAUCUUCCUCAGGGGCGGAGUGGCCGGUCUGUAAAUGGGAAUUUUAAUGUCAAAUUUUGACGAAAAUCGUUUCAGUAAAAAGUAAUGAUGAACAAAUCUAGUUUCUGAUCCAUACAAAUUGUUUCAAUGUAUAUUUAUUUUAUUACUACAUGACAAAUAUAGUUUUAAAAAGCAACAUUCUUCUCAGAAUCGUUUAUUGUUAGCAAUGAUUAAUCUUUGCUUAAAUUAUUCUUCUCUAUAUCUCUUUAACUUCCUAACAUCCCAAUUUUUCAUCGUCCACCCAUCGUGCAAAGUAUGUCCGUCUAUUUUUCAUAUUGUUAACAACUUUUCUAAUAGAAUUUAUUAGUCUGACGUACUAAGUGUAGCAUCAAAUGUAAAAAAUUGAAUACAAGAUACAUCGUAAUGACUAUUAAACAAAUUUCAUUUUGAUUGAUGUAAUAAAGACGAUUUUAUCACUAUAUCGUUAUUAUUUUUUUUUUUUCCAAUACCUAACUACUGACAAUACUGAUCAUGUAUCUACUUUCAAUAAUAGUAUUAAAUUCUAUUAUCAAGUUAAAUUUUAUUUGCUUUAUAAUCGGUUUAAAAUUUGAAACCUCACCUAGAGACGAUAUGGGUCCUAGCAAAGUACAAAAAUGCCCUAAAACAGAAUCUAGCAAAUUCGAGUGAUUAUAUUGGCAUAAUUUUUUUUGGGAUCGGACAAUGUGCUAGUGCAGCCACAAAGAUAGUACCGGCAUGUUUGUGGAUUUCUAAAGUUUGUGGGGCCUAGCAAAAUUCAAAAAUGUCCUAUCAAAAUCCAGCAAAUCCCUAUAAAAAUAUUGAAACUAGUUGUAGAUUCCUAAAAUAAUGUGACAAUGCCAACUUGACGGACGUGUUUAUUUUUUAUACUAACGCCUUUUUAACGCGUUUAUAUAAUUAUCACGUGAUUUUAAACGCAUUUUCAUGUUGUAAUUGAUCUUAUAUAAUUAAUUCGCAUGCAUAUAUCUACCCUCAAAUAGACUUUUGUGAUUAUUAUUAUUAAUUAUAUAAUUAUUUACCGUCCGCGUAAGGUCAAAUGUCUCGCAAUCGCGUGCCGCGGACUCGCGUCCUCUGUUGUUUUUAUUCUUAUCAUCAUUAUCAUCAUUACCAUUAUUAUUAUUAUCAGUCUAGUAAAGUACUUGAGUAUUCAGAUACUUUUUAAGUACACAAAAACGUAUUUUAAAUACAUUUUAAGAAAGUGGCAUAGUAUUUACAUACUUUUUCGUCUUACUUGAUGUACAGAAACGAUAAUUUAAAUAAAAUAAUUCAAAUUUUACAACAAUUUUAUUUUUAUUUAUAGAUUGUUCAUUUUGCGUAUCAGUAUAUAUAUAGUAUAUAGUAUAAUAUAUAUAAUAUUAUAAUAAAAUUAAAAAUAUUUUUACUUGAAUAACAUUUUCGAACAAAAAAAGAAAUCUGAGUAUUUGAAAAUAUCUACAAAUACUUUUGAAAAGUAUUUAUAUUUGUACUUAAAUUUGUCCGAGCAUUCAAAAACUUAUUUAAAUACUUUAGAAAAUAAGUAUCUGUAUCUGUACUUGAAUACUUUUUAAAAGUAUCUUCUUUAAUUACUAUUUAUUAUUAUAAUAUUAUGUCGGUGCAGCAAUAACAAUAAUUGUGCAAAAUUACUAUUUUGGGUACUAUCGGCGGAGUGCUCAGCGAGCGGCUCAGGAAGCUUUAGUCCCCCCCUCCCGUCUACGGUUGGCCGUUUUAAAAUAACAUAAUACAGGCAGUGUUGAAUCCAGUCAAUUUUUCUAGGGAGGGGCAUUACUAAAAUUAAACUAUGAACUUUUUUUUUCUUAUCUACCCUCUUUUUAAGAUCAUUCAAAUUUGUUUAGUUAUUUAAUCAAUUAUUAAUUUACCUAUAUUUAACAGGAAGGGCGAACAAAAUUUCAGGGGGAUUAAUAUAUUUCCCUGACAUAUACCUGAAUUAGACACUGAAUACAGGACGAUUGACAAAACGUAUAAGACAUCCGUUAUUCAUAUACGUAUUUUUCGGCAUUAGAAUAUCUUGGGUAUUUAUGAAACAAGUGGCUAUAAAAUGUUUUAUAUUAGCGUUUUUUUUUUUUUAUCACCCUUGUUUUAAGUGGUGAAACCGCUAAUGGGAAAAAGUGCUCUAAUCUUUACAAAGCGUCUGUAGUUCACGUGAAAUAUGGCUGUGAUACUCUUGCCGAAAAUAAAUCGUGGCAGUAGAUAAUAAUUUUUUUUUUUUUUACCUUCGUUUAUUAUAUAACAGUAUCACCUACCUAGGUAUAAAUACCUGCAGUCCUCUAUUUGCUGCGUUAAGGUUGUAUUACGGAAACAAAAUAUUAUUUUGUGUUCGAUUUAUAUCUGCGGUAAUUAAAAUGGAAAAUGUACUUUGACGCCAGAUUCGUAUAACCAAGAAGGACAUCAGAUAAAAAAAACCUAUAUAUUUAUCUUGCGGAAAUAAUUAUAAUGAUUGAAUAUAAUAAUAUAGUACACAGCUUGAACAUAAUCCCGAAUAAAACUCGCGAGAAUAACGUAUUACGGAGUAUAGGUUUUUAGCGGUUCACUCUGGAUCAAAGAGCUCAAAAUUCGGGAUUAAGUGUUUCUUCAUAAGCGGUAUUAAUAAAACAUUGGUUGAAUUUCAAAUAUAAACUUCGCCACGAGGAAGAGCGUGUUUUGUUCAGCUUUUUACAUUUUUCCAAUUAUCGAGAAAACUAAAAGGAAAAUCAAAAAUGCACAUUCUCGGUGCAUCAACUAGACAAAAUUCGCACUCGGAAAUCAGAGCGUAAUUUCUAGUCGACUAAUUAUGUUCACAGACAGAAAACAAACACAUCUUAGUAAAACCAGUAUAACAUAUUUAGUAGGCACGUAAAUUACAGAAAAUAAUUUCGGAAACUCCGGAGGAGGUUCAGAAGUAAAAAAUUUAUAUAUUUUGAACCACAGAACUAUCUUCGAAUUAAAAAUUUGUAUAUACUUACGAAGUAGAUGUAUAUAUAAUUAUUACAAUAAUAAUAUUAUUAAUUAUUAUGAAACUUAAGCCAGUUUAAUAUAGUAGGUAUAAUAAUAGAAUAUUAUAAAAAACUUAACGGUUCUUUUUCCGAUUGUGCCGGUAAGCAAUCAGUGCAUAUUAUACUUGUGUCCGAGAUCGUUGUCUGUAGGUGACUUACGUCCUACUAAAAAAAGAUUCAAAACGCAAAAAAAAAAUAGCCUACUUGCGUCCAGGAGUACCUUUUUUUGAGCAGCCUAGUUGCAUCCUAGUUUUUAAUUAUGUAAUUAGUGUAGUUAUGUAUAUACCAGUAAAAUGGCGAUUAUUAUAUUAUUAUCUGAGGCCAUAGAAGUAACCCAUUUGCCACUAAAUUUAGUACGAAUAAUUAUUUUUGACGGUUUUGCCGAUACAUCUGAAAUUGUUUUAGCCUAUUACUUAAUUUUUGUCGUAAAAGGUGUGCAGGUCUAUUGGGAAUCAUAAUUGUGUGAAGUUUAGAAAUUAUAUUUUUUUUGAUCAUUCAGCUUUAAAAAACUUUUCGCAAUUUUUAUUUGUGCCCUUCCCCACCGUUGUGUUUCACAUUCAAGCGUGUAUUAUGGUGAUCGAACUUUUAGUUAUUAAUCAUACGACUUUUUACAGUUGAACAAUUUUUUGGUCAAUUUAAUCGACCGUAAUGUAUGAUAAUAUAUCCAUCAAAUUAAAUGUGUAUCAACUAUCAGAUAUUGGUUUUUAAAAAUAUUUAGUACGUUAUAAAAUAAAGCUGGAAAAUUAACGACAACGUUACGGCGCAUAUUAAAUAUUAUAUUCCACCUAACAUUAUCUUUAUCUUCUACACGCUGUAGGUAUUUCAUCCAUAAUCUUAACGUUUAAGCGCAGUUUCAUAGGUUCGGGGAUGUAAUUUAGUUAUGACUAUUAUGAUGACAGACGGGGAAAAUAACACAGCCGAGUUUCCGGGUGAAUUCACUAUGCCUGCAAGCAGUGGCGUAGUUAUGGGGUGGGAUGAUGGGAAUGAAUUCCCCCCCCCAAAGUUUUUUUUUUUUUAAUAUUACAUUUAUUUCACUCGUUGUCACAAAUUGUGGAGUUGCAAAUUUAGCAGAACUAACAUAGUUUUAAAACCAGCUCUUCAAGCACUUACCGCGAGUGUGAUGAUAAAAUAUUUUCCACCAUACUUAGUGAUGAUCAAAACAAGACCAAGACCAAGACUUUCAAAAUCUUGGUUUUGGUCUUAGUUGUGCAGAGUCAGUCUUGGUCUUUGGUACACACGUUAGUCUUGGUCUUGCGCAAGACUCUUGCUAUUUUAACAAAAUGUAUAAAAAAAAAAUUUAAACACCUCAUAUAGGGCAUGUUGUAAGGCGUAUUAUCAACAGACUACAAGUCCAUGACAGUAAGAACAUGAUGUAUAAGACAUUAAUUUAGGUACACAAAAUCCAAUACGGUAACCAUAUCAUACAAACUACGAAAACAAAAUUAAAAAUAUAUUUACAAUAAUGGUGAUACCCACCGUAUUGGCUUAUGUUAUACUAAUUCCAAUUAUUUCCAAUCUUUUUUAAAUAAUUAGCCAUUUUCUCGAAAUAUCGAUAAAAUUUAAUAAAAAGAUAGUGUCUUAUUAUUAUCGUUAUGAAUUAUUUAAUUAAAUCUAGAUCCUCUUAUGUGUUUCCGAGAGAAAAAAAAUUGCAAUAAUGCUCGUUUCCAUGACAAGGGAUUGGGCCACAACUCACCGACUCCGGAUAAACCAUUACUAACCAAAAGACGAUUCUGAGCGGAGUUUCGUUGAUAGUGUUGCUUUUUCUACGAUAUACGGUAUAUGUCAUAUUAUGGUAAAAUGAUUAUAACAAUUAGCGUUUUCAUGACAACAAUGAUUGUUUACAAAAGAUUAAAAUAAUAAAAAAAAAAUUAAUAAAAAUGGUUGCCAAUGACAACCUUAUUUUUAGUCUUCCAAUCUGUUUUAAUCUAAUGAACCGGAUUUUCUUCAUUAUUUCGAAUAUUAAUAAGAAUUUCAGAAAAUAACCUCUAAACCACCCAGGGAAUAUUUUCUUUCAGAAAAGGUGCUAUGCUUGGAAAUCGAAACAAGUUUUCUGGUAGUAGAAGUGUUCACAUAACAAAAAAAUAAUUAACGUCUUUGUAAAACUAGUACAUUUUUCUAAGAAUCUAAAAAUAACAGUGCGAAAUUAAAUGCUCUUUUUAUUUUUAAUAAUUUAUCAUUAAUUUUUUAGUACAACAUAUAAAUUUAUAUUGUAAUUGUAAAUAUAAACUAUAUAAUGCCACAAUGAAUUUUCACAUCCGUUACAAAUUUAAAACGAACUGAUUGCAAAAAAAAAAACGACCAAUGGGGGGGGGAGGUUAAACCCCAUGAAUCUAUCCCCCCCGAGCACGCCCGUGAUUCUAAUAUAAGUUAUAACCUAAAUUCUAAUGAUUAGAAUAUAAUAUAAUCCAAUAUAAUAAUAAUAUAAUAUAAUAGAUUGUACAAAGUUUAGGGGAAUCCACAGCGAUAAUUGUUCUAUGUUUGCACAAGGAUACUAUCGAAUUCCAUAUAUAUAAUAACAUUCAGCUAUAAAUAUUAUGUGUCAUAAUGAAAAAUCGUCAAUAUCAGUAUAUGAUCUUGAUGUAGUUCUCCUGAAUAUAGUGGAGACAAAAGAUAUUUUUGACGACAAGACUAAAAUGGAAAACAAGAUUUUAAAUAAAUUUGGUGCCUUAGUAGUAGGUAUCGAAUUAUUUAAAUGUACCCAGAGAUAUAUUUGAAAAAAAAAACAUAACUGGAGAAUUGGCCCUUUGGCACGAGUAUUGACUCAAUGAGAAGCAAUAACUAUUACCUAUGACUCCUAUUGAUGUUUUGAAACGUUGUGACUAUGACUGCACUUUUGGGACCAAUAUUCUGUUAAAUAUACAGUAAGGUAUACACAGAGGCGUAUUUAGAAUAUAUGCGCCCCGGGACGAAACUGUUUUAUUGCCACCCCUUCUCCUACAAAAUAUUUCACCCACUAAUCUUUACCUCAGACCUUCGCUCCCCACCCUAAAUUACUGAUAAAUGUGUCCCUUGCUUGUUUUGAAUAACAUUUUAAAAUUUAUAUCCUUGGGACAAUUUACAAUUAUUUCAAAGUGUUUUAUAUUCAAAUAAAAAAUCUACUAGGAUAAUGGGAACGGGUGUAGUCACUGUUAUAGGUGGGAAGUUAGGAAGGUAGGAUACAGAAGGGAAUUUAAUAUGUAUAUAUAUAUAAGCAACCAUAAACCAUAACGGAAAAACGAUUCUGAGCGGAGUUCAGUUGAUAGCGAUGCUUUGUCAACAAUAUAUAUGUCAUAUCAUGGUAAAAUAAUUAAAUAGGCAUUAUAUGUUUUCUUUAAUAAUAUUAGUUUAAUAUUGUACCGAUUUUACCGUUUUUCCCGGUUUUUCCAUUUCUUGACAAUAGCUCCUAAGAACAUUAAAAAAUGAUCUCUAAAGUACCUUCCCAGUCAGAUUUCCUUUCGGAAAAAGUGCUAUACUAAAAAUUGAAGGAAGAUUUCUUGCAGGAAAGUUUGCACAACAAAUCGAGGGGUAUUUUUUGAUUAAAAUAGUCCGAGCGAGAGAUAAUUAGGUCUCCAGAUACACCUGAAAUGCAUUUGUUUUUUCUCUGUUUAGAUAAAAGGGAAAAAACAAAGGCAAACUUUUUUUUUUUGAAACCCGGGUUUGGACUCGCGAACCCUAGGAUGACAUUAAGUAUCUAUAACCAUUCGAUUACGACAAACAUAAUUUAAAGAAGGCUAUAUAGAGUUAUUUAACAUAAUAUUAUAUAAUUUCUGUAUAAUAUCAGAAAUUCAAAAAGCUAUUAAUUCGGAACUUAGUCAGUCAUAUAUUCAAAACAAAAAAAUUGAAAAAUUAUGAUCCACAUUUUUUACUCAAACGAUUUUCGUCAAAAUUUAAUGGUAAAAUUCCUUUAAAAAAAAAAAAUACUACAUUAAAAAUUCUUUUUGGACCACAAAGUAAGACUUUUAAUAAACCUCCUGUUAAAUUUUCAAACAUUCCUGUUAGGUCUGAUAAUUUUACCACAGUGUACCUAUACCGUAUAAAAAUUACUUACGAAAUUCGCAAAGUUGAAAUGUCUAUAAUUAGCUCAAAAAUGGCUAAAAUUUUUAAAAAAUUUACUAUUUCUAGAAAAAACAAAUAUAAAUUCUGUUUAAAUUUCAAGUCUCUACGUAUAUUUUUAGUUGAAUUACAAUAAAUAACUAAAAUAAAAUAAAAUUGAAAAAAUAAUACAGCAACGGAAAUCGUAAAUUUCCUGUUUUUCUUACAUUUUUUCCCUUUUUAUUGGGAAAACUACCAGGAAAAUCAAAAAUUGACCUCCCUAAAAGUACUACCUCAAGAAAAUUUCCUUCCAGAAAAAGGUUUACAUCGUAUAUAUCAAAGCAAAGUUUUUGGUAGAAUUUUUUCACACAGUAUAAAACAAUAAAAAAAAUAAACAUCUUUGUAAAACCAAUUCAUUCUUUGCUACACUCAGAAUCUAAAAUAUAGUUAAUAAUUAUUUAGUUUUGUUUUUGUUUUUUAUUGCUUAGAUUAAAUAAUAUAAAACAUAACUGUGUACGGCAGUAUUUUAAAAAAAUAUGUGAAGCUCUCACUCUAGGUUUACUCAAAAAUGUAUCUAUCCCCGCCCCGAAUUAAAUCAUAUCCACGCCACUGUCUGCAAGUGUAGUACUAGGAUUAUUAUUCGCAUGCAAGUUUUGCUGUAUAGAACGCGCAAAUAGCGUGUGUAGCCUGUAUAGCGGUACAACCAGGAAUGGUUGGGGGUAUUGUUUGGGGGGGGUGUUAUAUAUCUACGAAUGUAACAAAAAAAUAAAAUAAAAAAACACACGUCACAUCUACAUUACUUAAAUACACGGAUGUAGGGGUGGAGCAUGGGGCUCAGAUGCUUAAAACAUCCCUGCGGUUGCGCCCAAGCUGCAGUGUCGUCGAUGCAAAACGCAUAAUUCUACGUCGACCGGCGUCAAAAAUAUUCAAAUAUCAUAUUGGAAUUGAAUUGAUACGUUAGGGUGGUAAAAUAAAACUUACUAAAUUAAAAACGUGUACUCCCUUAAAUUUUUAACCCUUCACCCCCCUUCUUUCCCCAUGCCGAGAAAGGUUUAGAUUACGACAAAAAUAGACUUUUUUUUUUCAGUUUUUCAAUAAUUAUUUAGGUAACUAAAAAUUUUAAAUCGCGGAAAAUUAUUUUUCUUCAACACAAUGUUAUGAUAAAAAUUAUAUUAUCAAAUGUAUUGAUCAUUAAUAAAUACCAUUACGGUUAGACGCGAGAUGUUAUUCAAUUAUAUCGUUACAAUUGUAAUCUUUGUACCCGUUGCGUUCUAAUUACGAAAUAAUAUUAUUAUUAAACAACUACCGCCGUGCGCGGCGGUAAACAUACAUAAUUAUAAUUAAAAUACAAUAUCAAUACCAUCAGUAUUAUUACCGCUCGAACGCUAUUAUAACCGCGACGGUAUAAAUUUUUUUAUUAUUAUUCCUUCCCCCUCCCCGCCUCCCCAACGCCGGAGCAAAUUUCCCCCUUUCGUUUCUUCUUCUUCUCACGAUUAUUAUUAUUUCCACAUCACAAUAUUAAUAUGAAGUUUUUCGUCUCGUCCGCGUUUGGAAAACCGUCAUCCCCCCCCCCCCCCCNCCCCCCCGUCAGUUUCGGGCGAUAAAAUCAAUACGUAAUUUGAAUAAUUAUAAUUUACUAUAUUAUUCGGUUCCCCCGCGUAUCCACUAUAUUGUUCGCGUAUACCUACAACAAUAAUUUGCCGUUCGGUCCCGCGAGCAAUUUGAUAUUACCCAUAAUACAGUACAAAGACGGCGAUAUUCAAAUCGAAUCAAAUUCCAAAUUAUUCACAUUUACGCACCCUGCGGUGAGUACACAUAGGUAAUAUAUAGGUGCGUAUUGCGCCGCGAAAUAUUUCCCUUUGCCCAAAGACAAUUUAUCGUGCGGUAAACGAUAAACGAUAUUGCGAUUCCUUAGAACUGUAUAAUAAUAAUCAUUAUCAAUUGCCCUUGUUCAAUCGGUACGCUCGGUUCUCGAUACUCCUAGACCAGGGGUCGGCAACCUUUUUUGACGGAAGAGCCAAAAGUUACAAUGUACAAAAUUUUCCAGAUUUUAAAGAGCCACUAAAAAUUUUCUGAAGUAUUUAAAUAUAAUUUUAUUUUUAAAUUUUAACAGACAUAAUAAUAANAAUACAUCAAUGGGAGCAUUGGCUUUGCAUGUCUUGGCGUGACGGCGUAUGACCAAUUAGUUGUAGAUAGCGUCGCGAUUAUAUUAGAUAACAUAUAAAAAACAUUUUACAACUAUAGACUGUACUCCAUGCGGGCACUGUCAAAUUAUUUUUGUGAUGUAUUAUUUCAUGUUUCCAAAAGCAACAAAAAUAAUAUACUUUUUUUUUUUUAUAUUAUAAAAUAUUGUUUUUGAACUAAAAUAUUAAUUUUUGCGUGUGCAGCUGGAGAGCCGCAACUUUAGACGGAAAGAGCCGCACGUGGCUCGCGAGCCCCAGGUUGCCGACCCCUGUCCUAGACAAUUCGGAUUCGUUUGAUAUUGUAAUAUUCGAAAUGGCGCCCGCUCAUAUUAUGCGUGGACAGACUGCGAUGUAGACCCAGUAGUUUGUACGGGCUGCACUAUUACACGGUUCGUAGUGUAAUCGGAAACGUUUGUUUGAUUAUUAAGAAAAUAUCCGGUUUGCACGCGGAUUAUCUAUCCGGCGUAGUCUACAUUGUGCCGGCCGCUUAACGUUUUCAACUGGGUUUUUCUGAGUUGUUUUACACGGAAAUCGAAUUCAGAGACGAACAUUGCUUUUAAAGGUUUUUAAAUGAUUUUCGAAUUAAAAUUCAGGUGCCUAUGCCUACCAAUAACAUUUAUCAAGUUUCACCUGACUAAUGAUUCGUUAAUCGUAUACAUUAGCAUACAAACGAACGCGUUCUAAGUGAACCGACGGGAAAUAUAUUUCUUCGUCGAAUGCAAUGCUUUAACAUGCGUUUCGUGUUAGAUUAUUGCGUGUACCGAUAUUACGUUGCGAUUUGUAUUCAAUAUUCUGAGCGGAGCGAAACGUUUUUCAUAAAUACAUAACACUCUCAACAGAUGCGUCUCAAAUACUCGGCAAUCGAUAAAAAAAAAAUGUUCGAGUGUCAGCGAAUGACUUGUCAAAAAAAAAAAAAAAUAAAAAAAAAAAGAGUAAAAAUAUCCGUAAGACAAAUAUUAUAUUGAAACCGAAUGGAUACAAAUUUUAAAAUUUAUUAAUUAUAAAUUAUGGAAAGUUAUUUUUAUCUUCAUACAAAUGUUAUAAUACAAAUUAUAUUUAAACCAUUAUUUCAAAAGAAAAAAAAAACCAAAUAAAAUUAUUAUAAAAUGAUGAAUACAAAUGAGCGAAAUACUUCGCACGAUGGGCGGGCCACUGUUGUGGGUGAGAAGUUGAGAAUGUAGUAUAUUGACUGCAAUUUAAUUUAUAUCAGUACGAAACUUUUACCUAACCGUAUUUAACCAUUGCUAACGAAAAACAUUUCGGUAGAUACGAAGUUUAUUUUAUAUAUAUAUGUACAUUUUCCCUUUUUUUCCGGUUUUUCUCAAUUAUUAUGAAAACCUCCUGGAAAAUCAAAAAUCGACCUGCGUCAAGUACCAUCCAGAUAAAAUUUCCUUUCAGAAAAAGUACUGCACUUGAAAAUCGGAGAAGAUUUCUGGUAGAAAAGUUGUUCACAGGUAUAAAAAAGAAUAUAACAUUAUUGUAUAUCGCUAAUAUACGCUCCGAAUUCAAAAUUGUUUACAUAGUUACUUGGUAUAUAAAUAAUUGGAUUUAUAAUUUAGUUUGGUUGGAAAUUUAAUAAAUUAAUAUUGAUUUAUAGUAAUUAUUACUAAUUGAUAAUAAAAAAUGCAGUAUAAAAUCCUUUUUUUAGUGUUGUCUAUUGACUUGCUGUUAUUUUCUUGUUAGUUUUUAAAAACAGUAAGAUGUAAAAAUUAAUAUAAACUACGGAAAAUAAUGUAAAAAAAAAAAAAAAAAACGCUUAAUAAUAAUUAAAAAAUUCCGUAUAAUAUUAAUAUUUUAUCAGUUAAUAUAAAAACUUCAAUAUAAAAAAAAGGCAGCCAUAAACUAUUUAUUUAUGAAACACGGAAGUAAAUUAUCAAAAUUAAUUAAUUAUAAUUUAUAUAAAACUGUAUAAAACUUGUAUUUAUGCAAUUUAGGUAGAAUUCUUGUGACAAAAAGAAAAAUUAAAAAAUGUUUUCCCCAUUAUCUGCAGUGUUAUAAAACGAAUUGGUUUUAUUGUAUUUCUAUUCUACUUUUUUUUUUUUUUUACAGAAAUUCUCUCGUGUGAUUAGAAA